AUGGCACCCGCAACACCCCCUGCGCCGCUCGGGCUCCUUCCCCUCCUCCUCCUCCUCCUCCCCGUCGCCGUGGUGCCUUCCAAGCUGAACAUUCCCAAAGUGCUGCUGCCCUUCAGCCGAAGCACCAGGAUCAACUUCACUCUGGAGGCAAGCGAGGGCUGCUACCGCUGGUGAGUGAGCGCGCGCGCGAGAGAGAGAGGCGCAGGACGGGGUCGAGCGCGCGGGGCCCCGCCGAGUUGAGGCACAUGGCGCACGUGUGGCGCUCAACUUCGCUGCUGAAACGGCAACACGUGAGGGUUGGGGCGCGAGAGAAGAGAGAACUGAGGCUGCAGCUCCCAGCAAAGAAGCCUUUGCCUGCGGCAGGCAGUUUGAGUUAGCGAGGUAUUGGGGCGGGGAGCGUCUUAGCCGGUACCGUUUUACUCAACUCAUAAAACCGCGCAGCUGUUGAGUGUCCAGGACGCUUGCGCCGCGCUUCAGGCGCGAGGGGACUGCUUUUUAAAAAAAAGUUUACAAGAAACAUGAGUGUUGUGGAGAGUUUGGCGCAGUUUCAUUGCAAAAGAUCGGAUCAGGCGGUUUGAUGCACCUUCUCACCCGCCUUGGUUCUGAGCCAGGGGGAAACUACACAUAAAAAAAACCACUGAAAAUGUGUGUGUUUUUAAAAAAAGGUUUUGAAAAAUGCCUUGAAUUUUGCCGAGCUCCCUGUCCCCAUCUAGUGUCACAUUUGUAGAUUGCACUUUACAACACAUUUAAAACGUUUUUAUAGCUGACUCCCCAGUGUGCUUUCCAAGUGUCGCCGGGUGUGUGAGAAAGAGUCAGAAGUUUAUCCAUGCUGUCUGGGCUGACUUUGUCACUGUGAGGCAUAGGCGACAGUGUGCCAAACCUAAGAAGCUUGAAGUGGUACAGUGGUCGUGGCAGAAAUCCAACCACUACCAGAACGACAAUACUGUGGAUGCGUAAAAGCCCUGAAGUUUGGAAUACAGUGGCAACAUGAAGUUACAAAUUGUGUUUCUCAAAAUGAGAGCAGACAUUUUAAUGUGCUUUGUUAAGACAGGGCAGGGGCAUGUUAUUGCCAAGGUUCAAGGACUGGCAGCUGACCUCCCCUUCCAUGUAUAACAGGUGGAUGCUCAACAAGUUUUUAAGCAUUUUAAAAGUGAACCUUUAUCUAACAGAGAUACAGUGUAACAAAGAAAGCUUCUCUCAGAGACACAUCAUUUAUUCAAUGGUUGCCUGCCUCAAUGGUGGUAAAAGUACAAGUGAACAGUACUGUACUGUGUUUUUCAUAUGGUAGAAAUUCUUUUAAAAAGUUAGCUGUGUCUCACAACCUGUUUCCUGUACUAUCUUAACAGAUUUCAGUAUAGAUGAAAAGGGGAAAUGGUUUUUUUUAAAGUCUGCAAGUAAAGCGUGCAUUAUGCACGUGGCGACAAUCUACUAUAUUAAACAAGUAUAAAGAAAAACAUCUUUCAGUAUUCUUGUAGCCCAAAACUACUUGCUCAUGAAAAUGAAGGAGUGUUUGAUUUGCAAAAACUAUGCUGUCCUAUUCUAACCAAAUAAACUAUUAGGCUUGCUAAUUAUUGAGCUUUCCACAAAGCCAUACCAAAGAGAACAUCUCUAGAGUGGCACUCCAAAUGUCCUCACCCAGCAGCUUCAUACUGAUGUUAAACAGAUGGGACAUCAACAACUGGGUUGCACAGAAAUUCCCCAGUAGCAUAUUCUGAACCUGGCUUUGUAGAUAGGAGUGGACCCUGCAUAACAUCAUGUCUCCAACCUUCAGUGCACAUAGCUGGUCAAGUAAAUACCAUAUCUGAUAGCAUCAAAAGCCACUGAUGGAGAUCGAAGAGCAGCAACAAGGUCACACUCCCCCAGUUCCUCUCUUGAUAUAGGUCUUGCAGGGCAACCAAGUUUGGUUCAAUUCCAAAGCCAGCCAUGAAUCCAGGCUGAAAUGGCUCAAGAUAAUCUGCUUCCUGCAAGAUUAUCUGCAGCUGCAUGUCCACCAGCUUCUCAGUACUUUUCAAUGCCUGUGUGGCCACCACACAAUACCUUUAUGAAGGGGUAUUUGCAAUUGAACAGCAGCUGUCAUGAACCUCCUAGUACUUGGGUGGACUUUUUCCAGAAGUAGCCUCACCACUUCCUGUAUGAGGGUGACAGGCACCACUCACUCUCACAGAGACCUACGCAGUCAGCCCAUGUGUAGCUACAAAAAGCUAAAGAAAACAGGUAGUAGUCCAGGCAAAUCUAAUCAUCUAGUGCACAUCCUCAGGUUGUAAAAGAAAGUUGUAAUUGAACCUCUAACACGUGGUAAGAUAUAGUUCUGGACACUCCCUCAAUAAUGGAGGUCAAUGAUGUGUUUUGACCUUACUUAUAUUAAGACCAUAGCAAAGUGUGUAAAAAAUAGAUAAUUUCCCUCCAAAAGAGUCAUCAACUGAUCAUGUUAAAAAUGUACAGGAAACUGAUGUUAAACUGGCCUAGCAUGUGUAUUUAACUGGGAUCUCAGUUUUGAUUACUGAGGGAAAGUUGUCAUUCUAAAGUUUUCCCUUUGGACAUUAUUUUGAUUUCUACAUAUAUUUAUUUUUUACAUUUUAUAUCCCAUCAACAUAGUUCAGCAGAGCCUUCAGGAUGCAUUGCUCUAAGACAUGGGAAUAAAUGGGGAAAAUAUCCAAAUAACUACAUUGACCUUGGUCCAACACCUGUUCAGACAAUCUAAUACCACUAAUAGGUUUAAACAUUUAACUACCCAUGACUGACUGAUGUAAUUAGGUUUGCUCAGCACAGCAAUACUCACGAGAUAUUAACAAUUAUCUUUGUGUUAGAGCUUCCCUCUUUUAAACCUGCUGUACAGACAGCUUGUGACAUGUGUUUGGGAGCAACUGUAUGUAGCCCUGUCACCGAUUUCUGGCAUCAGUCAGCCAAGAAGCACAAGUGACCACAGGCUUCUUUGCCAUUCAUUCUGAGUGUGUAGCUGGGCCUCACGCAAUGAACAUGCUUAUAUGACUUGACCAAUUCCUUCUGAAAGACAACACAGUAGAAUUUCUUAUGAAUUGUCCUUAACAGAACCAUAUACACAUAGAUCAAGGUAUUUCUGUUCAUAAGUCUAUAACAGAUAGACUUGACCAAUAAGGAGGAAUGAAUAUUAAAUCUCAUAUAUUAAGAGCAAUUGUGAUUUCUCAUGACUCUUGAUCCAGCCAGUGUUAAGUAGCCCGUUGAUUCAACUGGCAUGUACUUAACUCUCGCGGCAUUCACCACAUGAUAACAUUUAGUGAAUGCAAUAAGUAUAAUUAGUCCCAGCAAAUCUAACAAACUCCUAAAAUGUGGACAGAUGUUAGUAUUAAUUCUGUCUGCCAGAAUCUUCAUAGCAGACAAAUAUUCCCUGUGUGUUUGUGAGGGGGGAGGUUAAAUUUCUAAUUUGUAUAGCCAUGAACAGACAAUUUAAAUAUGUAUGCAAAUUCUACCCAGAAAGUCCUGAACUGAAAAGAUUGUAAUAAAUUAUGCAAAUCAUGUAUGUUUAUAUGUAUCUACUUCAUUUGCUUGCCUUUCAUCUGUCUCAGAAUUUGGAGUUUUCUACAUUUUUUAUAGAUCCAGGGAGAAGGGCAUGGGGUUUAAGGAGUACAAACAGGGUAAGGCAUGUGGGAAGCAGAGAGAUGGAUGAAACUGGAGCUAAUAAGUUUUAUAGUCCAUAUAUAUAUAUAUGGACUAUACAGUUAAAGAUAUUGUUGAGUAUGUGUUUCUGGAACUGAGUACAGUGGUACCUCGGGUUAAGUACUUAAUUCGUUCCGGAGGUCCGUACUUAACCUGAAACUGUUCUUAACCUGAAGCACCACUUUAGCUAAUGGGGCCUCCUGCUGCUGCCUCACCGCCAGAGCCCGAUUUCUGUUCUUAACCUGAAGCACUAUUUCUGGGUUAGCGGAGUCUUUAACCUGAAGCGUAUGUAACCUGAAGCGUAUGUAACCUGAGGUACCACUGUAUAUAAAGCACAUUCCUACCUAUGUGCAUUAGACCUGUUGAUUUUUGACUGUCUUUAUAGCAGUUCCUCAGUAUUCCAAACUGUCUGUGAAAAUAGGUUGGCUGGAUCAAGAAUUGUCAUCCCAUGAAUGGAAAAGCUUCUUCCAUUUGCAGUAAGGACUCAAUCCCAGCAGAGGCUUCGACAAAAGAAAGCAGGAGGGCAGGGAGAGAGAAUUUGCAUGGAUUCCUCCUUCCCUCCGUAGUCUCCAGCAGCAGUAGUCUGGAGGGUCACUCAACUAUCCAGACCAGAUUUGGGGGGCGGGGGCGGGUUGUUAUAGGGGCAACGAGGGAAAAGGUGGCAGUGUCUUGUGAGCAGAGCUGUGCUGAUCCAACCAACUGUUGAUAUUUAUGGCCGUUUCUGAUUUGUCGUUUGAGUUAUUAAUGUUCUUUGGAAAUGAAGGAAAUAACCCAGAGGGAUUUCAUUUCCGCCUUGAUAUUUCUCUCUCUCUCCUUCAUUUGGUAUUUUGCUUAUAACAGUAGGCCCGUGUUAAAUGACUUUCCCCUUUUUGCUGCACUUAAAAAAACCAGGAAGUACAGUUUCAUCUAAAGUAUGCUUAUAUUCUCUGUGUGGGAAACAAAACGGAAGUAAAAUUUUAUAUGUGGUUUUAAAAGUAAAUAAAUAAAUAAAUUGUUGAUAGAUGAUAUUUUACAUUUUUACCUGGAGCUGUUAACUAGGAAUUAUUCAUGGAGUAUUUUUUAAAAAUCAUUAAUGUUUUCUAGAAUCUCACAACAAUCUGUUUUGCUAAUUGCUUGUGGGAGGAUUUGCAGAUGCAUGAUGGAUAUCAUUGCACACACUAUUCUUUUCCUCCUUAUGCUGGUCCUGCAAAGGGGUAUAUGAUCUUGAGGAGUAAUGAUUGCACAGACUAGGCUUAGGUUGAACUCCAGUCACAUAAAUCUUAGUUAAUGUAUUUUCAGUGUUGCGUGGACAAAUACAAGGUGAACCUUAGGCUGAAGUAACUGUGGGGCAAGAAUGCAGAGGGACUGCGUGUGAUUCUGCUUUCUCCCUGCAUACACAAUCUCUACAUGUUAAAGGUUGGAAGGUGUGCUCAAUAUCAGCCACUGAAUAAAAAUAUUCACAAUUAUGCUGGGUAUUCACUAGAAAAGGGAAACUGACUGAAUCAGGCACUACAGUUAGAGACCCUAACUCUAACUGUAGAGACAUUAACCUGUAAUGCUAGUAAGUGUUACAGUUUAUCACCAAAAUUUAGCAGUUACCGUAUUUUUUGUCCCAUAGGACGCACUGGCCCAUAGGACGCACCUAGUUUUUUGGGGGGGAAAUAAAGGAAAAAAUUUUUUCCUUUAUUUUCCCCCCAAAACCAGGUCGGGGAAUCCAAACCAGGUCGGGGAACAGCGGGAUGGCGGCGCUCCGCCUCCCCGCUGUCCCCCAAGCUUGUGGGGCUGGCGCUGGGGAGAAGCGCGUUACUUCCCAGCGCCAGCCUCCAAACCAGGUCGAGGAACAGCGGGAUGGCGGCGCUGCGCCUCCCCGCUGUCCCCCGAGCUUGUGGGGCUGCCCGAUGUCUGCCCGAAGCGCGGGGUGCUCUGCUUCAGAGCUCCCCGCACUCCAUGCAGCAGGCUGUGGAUGUCUUCCCAAAGCGCCGGGCGCUCUGCUUUCAGCGUGCCCCGCGCCCCGGGAAGCAGGCUGCUAUCCGCAGCCUAGGGAGCCCUGCGGGAACUCCCGCGGGCUUCCCUGGCGUGCUGAUAGCUUCCUGAAGCCUGGAGAGCGAGAGGGGUUGGUGCGCACCGACCCCUCUCACUCUUCAAGCUUCAGCGAAAGCCUGUAUUCGCCCCAUAGGACGCACACAGAUUUCCCCUUCAUUUUUGGAGGGGGAAAAGUGCGUCCUAUAGGGCGAAAAAUACGGUAGGUUAUGGAGAUAGCUAGAUUAGACAACAGCUGUUUAAUACUUUUGCUUGCUUGUGCACGGCAAUGGACCAUAUAACGUACUUUAGCAGUCUAGAGAUGUCUGUUGACCGCAAGAAUAAUAUAGAGGCAGCCUGAGGUGUGUUUGUGGUCAGAAGAGUCUAGAUGGCAUCACUGUCCACUAAAACCAGUACAGUGGUACCUCAGGUUAAGUACUUAAUUUGUUCCGGAGGUCCGUACUUAACCUGAAACUGUUCUUAACCUGAAGCACCACUUUAGCUAAUGGGGCCUCCUGCUGCUGCCACGCCGCCGGAGCACGAUUUCUGUUCUCAUCCUGAAGCAAAGUUCUUAACCUGAAGCACUAUUUCUGGGUUAGCGGAGUCUGUAACCUGAAGCGUAUGUAACCUGAAGCGUAUGUAACCAAAGGUACCACUGUAAAUGCAACCAAGAGUGAGAAAAAGACACAUUUUCCCAAACGUUAAAUUGUGGUUGGCUCUUUAUAAUUUGUUUUGGCAAGCUGUUUAUCCCACAAUGUUUAAGAAAGUUGUAGUUAUUAGUGGCACCACCAUCAGCAGUGAGCCUAUUUGCUUUAUCUUUGUUUAUUUAGCUCUUCAAAUCAAGCUCAUUUUAGCACUUUGAAGUUAAGUCUUUAGAUGAUUCUUUCAAACACAAUAUAUGUAUUCUUUUUCUGCUUUAGGGUUGCUCUCUACAGCACAGCAGACAGGAUGUGUGGGUGAUAUGCUAUAUUUGAAAGAAUACGUGGAGGAAGUUGCAACACUAAUAGUGAAAUCCUUACUCAGAAGCGCAGUAUGUGCAUACAGCGUUGUUGCCCAAGUCGAUUUGCAAGACUACAUUUUUUUAGUCCUACUUUUGACUAAAAUAUAAGAUAAAAUCAAGUUAAUUUGGCAGUUUUGCAAAUUAAGCUAGGGCAUGAGUGAAUCCUUCAGAGGAUAUCCUUCAAAGGAUAUAGAUCAUGGGUAGGCAACCUAAGGCCCAGGGGCCAGAUGCUGCCCAAUCGCAUUCUCAAUCCGGACCACGGAUUGUCCUGGAAUCAGCUUGUUUUUACAUGAGUAGAAUGUGUCCUUUCAUUUAAAAUGCAUCUCUGGGUUAUUUUUGGGGCAUAGGAAUUCGUUCAUAUAUUUUUUUCAAAAUAUAGUCCAGCCCACCACAUGGUCUGAGGGACGGUGGACCUGCCCACGGCUGAAAAAGGUUGCUGACCCCUGAUAUAGAUGGUUAAUGAAUGAGUUCACAUAAAUACACAACAAACUUAAGCCUGUGCUGCUGCUGUUGGUGGUGCUACUGCUGCUGUUAGAUUUAUCUACCACCCUUCAUCUGAAGAUCUCAUGGCAAUAUGAAGCAUUAAAAUACAAGGUAAAAACACAAAAUGCAUAAUAAGAACAAGAACAAAACAACCCAAUAACCCCACCCUACCCUUCCCAUGAAGUUUAACUCCCAGGGGGCCAGACAGAUGGAUGCGGCAGACUAGGGAUUCCCUAUUCCUGUAUUAAAGUGCAGUGAAAGCAAUUUCAGCACACACUGUUGUAUCAGAAGAUCUUUUGUACCUGGGACAAAGACAGUGGAUCUGUGUUCGCCUUAUCUCCACACUUAGCUUUUUCUUUUUCUUUUUUAAAGACACAGUAGUAUUCUCUGUAAAUUCCCAAAUAUAAAAGUGUUUCAUAUAGGAUAGCAACCUCAUUUUUCUCCAGUUUUGUCAGAAAGUAGAAAGCUGCAGCCUGCAAGGCAGUGAGCUCUUCAGGAAUCCUGAAUCUCUGGUUGUUGUCAGGCCCACCGAUUAACUGGACAAAAAUAUUAUUCUCUGAUUAAAGGAGUAGCUGAACAUUCUUCUACCAAUUAGAUAGAGCAGAGCUUGAAAUCCAAACUUCUACAUGCCGCCUUGGAGGUGGACAAUAAGAUUUCUGCUCUGUCUUGAAUCCUCAGGGUUGCCAUUCUUAGCCACCUUGAAAGAAUUAGUACUAAGUCUGAUUUUUGUUCAGUGGACUGCUUCAGUGAGUCGUAGAAUUAUUUGCUGUAAUAGGAGCCCCCCACCCACCCAGCAUAGGCUUAUUUUCUACUUGGCAGGGUAGCUAAUCAAAAGAAACUAAAAGUGCUGCAAGAUUCAACAUAGAACCAAUGUGUUUGUAAUAAGUAAUAAGUGAAGCCGUAAUUUAAAAAAUGAUUGGCUUGAAGAUGUAUUAGUAGGUUUUUCAUUUGAAACUGACAUUGCUGAAAAGGCAAGAACUAUUUAUAUAUUAUAUAUAACAUGAAUGAGAAAGUGAGAACAAAAGGUUUUCAAUGGGAUUUUACAUCUUCCAGACCUGCGGCAGAAUUCAGCUGAGAAUGUGAACAAUAAAUAAUUUCAAACUAGUAAGUAAAUGACAGUGGGUUGUCCUCCCCUCCCACCCCCGGCCAAGCCAUUAGGGGAAAGCUUUUCAGAACUUUAUCUCCAUAGAAAGAGGUAGAAUGAGCUGACCGUGAUGCCAUUGCUUUCUCUGAACACCUAGAUGUAUAUUCAAAUAUACCUAUACCGAUUUUGCAGCCAGUUAUACAGUACUUAAAACUUAUAGUAACUGCUGGUAAUACAAAGUUAAAUAAAGCAUGACUUUACUUAAAUGUUAAAGGAAACUUUAAUGGGCAUCAACAUUUAUCAGUAAGUCUCACUCCAGUAAUUUUUGUUUGUUUGUUUUAAGGUCUUCUACCAGACCAGAAGUUGCUAGCAUAGAAGCUAUAGAGCAAGACAACCAACAGUGUUCACAGAAGGCUAUUGUGCAGGCCCGUUCAUCGCAGGUGACACGCCUUACAAGUAUUAUUUUGGCUGAAGAUAUUUGUAAGUAGAGCAAUAUUCUUCCCAUCUUAUUUUGAGAUGUGUAUGUUUUAGAUGACUUUGUUGUAAGUUAAUUCUACACUAUUCUUUGGUUGGAAUGUGGUGUGGUGGUUUUUGAGGUUGAACCUAUCUUGUAACUAGAUAUUUUCCUGUAUCUCAUCAAGUAACUGGCCAAGUCCUUCGCUGCGAUGCCAUAGUUGACCUUAUUCAUGAUGUUCACAUUGUGUCCACCACAAAAGAACUGUAUCUAGAGGAUUCACCAUUGCAACUGAAAAUUCAAGCUUUAGAUUCUGAAGGUAAGACUAUAUCUCUUUUAACAUAAAAUAUUCAUCCAGACAAAGAGCUCUUCUUGAUGUUAUGUUGGCCAUGGCCAUACAUUUUCCUUCCUAAAUCUACCGCUGUGUAUCAGUAGUCUCAGCUUGAAAUUCCUAUCUGCAUAAAUGGGCUUCUAAAUUUGCAUUUUAAUCAUAUUGGUAUUUUUCUUUAAAUUCAAAAACCUCCAUCAACAGGGGGGGAAAUCACUGUCUCAGUCUAGUUUUGCGGUCAAGUGUCUCCUAAGAAAGCCAUACAGAUCACGUGCCUCCUGCUCCCUUCAUAGGCUGGUGUGGUGUGAUGUGAAGGUAGAGCCAUCCUGUUUAGUGCACCAAAGAGCUGUCUCCAGGAUACCCAAUAAAACAGCUCUGUAGCUCACCUGGACCAAGUGAGGUUAUUCUCUCUUUGCAUCAGCCUAUGGUGGGUGGUGAUCCUGCUUAGCCCUAGGCUUGGGUUCUCUGAAGGGAGCUGUCUUGUGCACCCAAACUCAGCACUAAGCAGCCUUGCUUCUCCCAUCCCUGUAAAGUAGUGAGGAAGAGGGAAGCAAAGCUAACUUUUGCAAGUAGAAGCAGCAAACUGGAGAUGUUUCGCUUGUUACUGUUGCUUGCAAACUCCAGCCUUGUUUCUCCCAUCCCAUCAGGUGUCAGGAAAGGGAUAAGCAAAUUGAUGUUUUGCAAGCAAAAGCAGCCUGUCAAUCAUGUGGCAUUAUGAACAUAUCAUGUUUGGGCAGCCCUGUGUCUUUGGCCCGUGGGCCUGAUCCUGCUAAGGAUGUGGCUCAUGGAACCAAAAGGGUUCCCCAGCCCUGCAGUCAAGCAGUAUACUUGCAGAGAUGUCAUUGGGAUCAACAAUACCCAACAAUAUUGGGAUAAAUAAUAUAAAGUACAUAAAACUGCAAGACCUAUGUGUGGGGCCUAAACAUAAAACAAAAUACUGUGACAGUAACAGAACAUAUGAAAUAACUAUUACAGUUGUAUUAGGACUGCGAAGGUCACGACUUGUGAAUUACCUAUAAAAACAAAUCAUACAGGCCUUGCAAUCAUAGCUGACAGUAUUUGAGUAGCCUUAGAACUGCAGCUGACAUGCAGGUAAAAUGUGGUGGGAGGCAUUCCUUUCUGUAUUCAGAAGCUCUAAAGAUGAGAGUAAAAAAGAAAUGAAGGAAUUAUAGCAUUUCCAUGGCUAGUCAAUAAUAUCAAUAUUUGCACUGGAUAGCAGAGAUUCUGUUUCAUGAAUUGGACUAAUAGACAUAUGCUGGUAUCAGUUCAAGUAAACCUAAAUUUUGAGGGGAGUUGAACUGUCUCCCGGGCCUAUUGUGCUUGCAAUACAUGUACUGUAGGGGUGCUGUGGCCAAUGUCACAGCAAGCAUUUCUCAUCUCUUAGUGUCUGCUGCAGAUUUGCAGCUUCAGCACUGUUCCGUUUCUCCCUGCUAAAGAAAAAAGCACACUAUUUGAUUUAUUUUUACUUUACAUUUCAGCAAUAUUGAGGGAAGAUUUACCUUAGCUCCGCAAAGUUCAACCAAGUGUUAUGAAAACAACCAAUUAUGAUUGUACAUCUUGUAUAAAAUACCCUUGGGCACUUAGAAUUCUAUUUUCUGUGGUAGAUUGCCUUUUUAAAUAGAAAUUUUAGGAUGGAAUGCCAACCCACAGCACUCUACUCUGUACUAGGAACCCAUGAUUGAAAGGUAUUUGUAGUCUUUGAUACACUUAGAUGCACUUUGAGGUGGAGAAUGGUCAUAGAGUGCAUGUGUGACUGCAACAACAUUUUCUACUGAUUUUGCAGUAAAAUCACGCUAUUGAUUAUGCGCCAACAGUGAACACAACUGCAAAUUCAUUUUUAAUUAAUCAAAAUAAUUUGAAAAUAGAGAGAAGUGAAGGAUCAAGUCCCAGAUUUGUCAGAUUAACCUCUUAGGUUUCUGAAUUUGUGUUAUCCCUUAAUUGUAAAAACAACCUUAUUUAAGGCUUAGUUUUUGGUAAGGAAGGAAGGGUUGGUUAUGUAUUUAUUUAUUUAUUUAUUAGAAUUGAUAUGUCACUUGAUUGCAAAAGAAAACUCAAACUGGUUUGCAGAAAGAUGCAGGAAUCGUUAAAAUAGAAAAAUAGAGAGAAAUUAACAGAAAUUCACUUCAGCUGCAUCGUCCAUAAAGUUUUUAUUGUAGGACAUUUCCAUUCUUUUUAAUUGCUUUAAUUCUGGUCACAUUGUUAGAUAGACAACAUUUGAGACAUAGAAUCUUUAUUUACUUCCAUUUCCAAAUGAUAGUUUGAUAAGCUAAAAAAAAUGGCGCUUUUUUUCUUUUUAAAAAAGAAAGUUAAUUGCAGGUAAGCAAACAAUAGUUUUUAUUAAAGUGAUGUCUUUGAAUUGAUGCUAUUGGGAGAUGAAGACUGAUAUCGUGACUGAGGAGUUAGCCUUGAAUAAUGAUUUUAAUUCCAUUUCUUCAUUAAUGUAAUAGCUUUUAAUGAAUGUGUAUUCAAUAGUAACAAUAUACCUGAAGCAGCGUCUCCUCCCCAUUGUUCAGCCCGGACACUGAGGUCCAGCUCCGAGGGCCUUGCUUUUUUGUAUACACAACUAUGCAAAUGUUCUGCUUGCUUGAGCAGUAUGAAAUUGAGCAUGCAUGUUUUUAUUGUAUGAUAUCUUAUUUGUUUUAGAUAUCACAUAAGUAGCUAGGAAAAUGGGGCCAUCUUGAAAUAUUUAUAGCCUUAUCUACCCACUUACCUAUAGCAGGAAUAAUGCAAAUUUUAAAAUUUCAGACUGCAUUUGCACAUUAUGCUUCUGUGGAUUGUGGAACGCUUUGCACUGUUUAAGUAGCAUUAAAUUAAAAACAAACCGCUAUUUGUGAAAUAGUAAAGCUGCAAUUCUGUGUCUGUGUUGUCAGAAGUAGAGACCCAUUAAAUUCAAUGGGACUUGCUCUCACGUAAGCAUGUAUAGGAUUGCAGCCUGAUUGGAAUUUCAUAUCCUAUAGGGUCAGUUAUGAACUGAUGACAUUAACGAAGGCAGCCUUAAUUUAGGCAGUUUCCACAUUACUUCUAGUUUUCAGUAGUUGCCAUUUGUAUUAAACUUGCGUCCAACAUGUAUGUAAUCUCGGCUUCACUGAUCAUAGAAUGUUUUAUACAAAUUCCUUGUUUCUGUUUGAUAAAUGAAUGGUGACUCAAUCGCUUUCCCCCCAGUACAAGAAACUUAAUAAUAAGAAUAAAAUUCUAAGCUUCUGAAAUAGGCCUAAUUCAUGCCAUAUUGUUUUGUAAUAUUUGAUUCUGGUUCCUUUUCAUUUUCUUUUGCUGCUGCUUAUUGUAAUUUCCAAACAUUUGGAUUUCCGGGCAGAAAAGUUAUUGAUUGAGCUUUUUUUAUUUUUACUAAAGUUGUUGAGCUUAAAAAAUUGACAUAUUUGAGCUAUUUUUAAGGAAAAUCGGUGAAAAUGACACUGCCAUGCAUCUGGGUUUUCCCAGACAUAUAGCCAAUUGCCAUCCAGACACUGCUACCAACUGCAGUAUUCUAGACAUACGGCAAUCCUAGAUGUAGUUUUAUGGCUGAUUACCAAAAUGUGGAAAGAUUCUAUAGCUGUUCUCACAUUUGAUACUUAUUUUCUUGAAUUAUUUUAAGGAAACACCUUUAGCACUUUGGCGGGACUUGCUUUCGAGUGGACAAUUAUGAAAGACCCAGAAACUAAUGGAUUCUCAGAUUCCCACAAUGCACUGCGGUAAGCAUCAUUAAAAUUGUUUCAUUUGUUACUUUAUGCAUAAAGGACAAUGGGCAGGGAAAUAGCAAGCACCAGCUUUGAUCUCCUGUUCCUGUUGGCAUUGCCCCCCCCCCCUUGGGUCUUUAUUUCUUGUGUUAUGAAGACUUUCUUUGGGGGGGGGGGGAGUCAAGGCAACUCGUGAUAUAACAUUUAAAGCAAUAAACUAACAAAAAACAUACAGUGGUAACUCGGCUUAGUACUUAAUUCGCUCCGAGGUCCGUUCUUAACCUGAAGCACCACUUUAGCUAAUGGGGCCUCCUGCUGCUGCGCGCUGCGGAGCACGAUUUAUGUUCUCAUCCUGAAGCAAAGUUCUUAACCUGAAGCACUAUUUCUGGAUUAGCGGAGUCUGUAACCUGAAGCGUAUGUAACCUAAAGCGUAUGUAACAUGAGGUACCACUGUACUGAAAACGAAACAUUUCUCAAAGAGUUAGGGAUAGCAGAUAAAGUUUCAUAGAAAACAUCAUUGAUAGGCCAGCUGGCAGCAAAAGAGCAUCAAAGGUGGCUCAGUUCAGGCUUCUUUAGGCAGUGGGGUCCACAACCAAGAAUUCAUAGAAUUGUAGAGUUGGAAGGGACCAUGUGGUCCAACCUCCUGAAAAGGACAUUUCAUCCAUGUUUUCAAUAGAACAGUAAAAAGAACUGCAGGAGUCUUUGCCCAGCAUGUGGCUUGAACCCAUGACCCUGAGAUUAAGAGUCUGAGCUAUCCCAAAAUCCCAACUCUCAAGGUCCAUGGGAUGGAGGCAGUACUCCCUCGGGUGAAAAAUUGCUCUCUCACAGUAUCCCUGCUCAACUCCCCCAGCAAAGUAAUCCAGAGGGGAGAGAUAGAAUUGCAUACAGAAAUUAUAGAUAGAUAGCCCAGGCCUAGUGCACCCGACCCACUGUGUUUUUCAGUCCUUGGCAUGACACAAAAUACAGGAAAUUCAUUGCAUCUCUGGUUGCUGACGGGCUGUCUUCAACUUACUGUAUCACAAGUUGUGCAGGCUUGAAUGCUCAUGUUCUUAUAAGUAAUCUUUUAUCUUGCUGAUUUGCAGUUAAAAACUGAACUGAACUAAAGUACUGAACGUGAGUUAAUUAACUUAGAUUUAUAACAGUUGCAUGUUCCAGUUGGUACUCUCAGCACACUCGUAUGCCAUUAAAAAUUACUCAUAAUUAAAACAGAAUCGGCUCAAUAAUACAUGCUCCAUGGAUUUAAUCCACAGAGUAGCAAUAAACUAAGGAUAAUGGUUUGCCUCAAAUUGUGCCCCCCUUCCUCUGACAGAAGCCUCUUCAAUCCAGCAGAGGAUUCUGUCUGCUGAAAGGGGGACAGGUGGGAUCUUCACAAAUUCCGUUGUUCUUCUGCAGCCCCCUUCUGCCCCCACCUGUUUCUAAGGACUCAGUGAUACAGAUGCAAAUAAAACGAUUAAAGUGUGUUUUAAGUGCAAUAUACACACUAGAUGACAAUGGUGAGCCUUAAUAAAAAUUCAAUGUAUUUUUAAAAACGCUUUUUUUUUUAAAAAAGCAUUUUCAUAACAUUUUUUAUAUAGAGUCCAUCAAAGGGUCCCUUAUUCCUCUGGAAAAUGUCUGGGGCAUGAAGGGGGCUGCAGGGAGAAGAGGGGCAGUUGCUUUCAAAAAUUCUUAACUUCCCGUAGCAUAGAAAAAGACUACAUGUUUGGUAAGUUAAAAAUGGUUUCCUCUUCAAAGGCUAGUUUCAUGUGCUUUUCCAUACAGCAGCAAGAAAAUAUAGGCAGUAUAACUUAGGUUCCAAAAUGGUAAGUGUUUUUAAAUUAUUUGUAAAGAAACACAAAGAUGGCUUGCUUAGGCCAUGCAGCUUGGAGCAUCCAUCUUAGACAUCCUUACUGGUCGUGUUCACGUGGUAGAAAGAGAGAAUUUAGUAACUCUUCCUCCCAAGUUGAGUUGGAGUGACCUAUCUAAGCCUUGCAGCACAACUUACUCUGUGGUCUUAACCCUUUCAUGCAUUAGAUUUAAACAUGUUGGCUAUAUGAUCCUACAUACGCUGUGCAAAAUUGUGGAAAGCAGUCCACAUAUGUUGCAUUUUUGCUUUCCCUAGUGUUUACAACACUUCAUUGCUUUCAGACAGAUCUUUUGAGUUUGAGUUUCCAUUUUGGUUAAAAUGCCUCAGUUUUAAAUCCUAUCCAAGAGCAGUGUCUCUUUGGAUAUUUUUCAUUUCAUUCAAUGUUGCAGCUCCACUAUUGAUACUGACUCUUUGAAAAUGGGUCUUCAAUGAAGCUGAAUCACUUUGUAUAUCCCAAUUUGGUUACAAUCCAUCAUAAUAAAUGAAACAACAGGCAUUCCAUUUGUUUAAUUUUCUUGGAGCCUCCAAAGUACUUUUCUGUUAUUUUGGAGUUUCUGACCAUAUUCAAGAAGUACACAGAACACUAAAUCAAUUUUUCCUCAUAUAAUUUUGCAUAUUAGAGCCAAGUAGAACAUUAAACUGAUAUUCAGCAGCAAAAGGAGCUGUAAAUUUAAACUGCACUUCAAGGCCCUAAUUUUAAGGAGUGAGGCGCAACCACAAUUAAAUACCAAGGGUUGAAUUCAGCAUAGUGCUAAGGAGAUCGUUCCAUUUUUUUCUUGUCUAACAGAGCAAUCUUCCUUUUCCUUCCCCCUGUGUGCUGUUCUAGGGUUUCUCCUGGCCCUCCAGAGUGGAUCUGGAGGAGUCACAGGAGAAGCAGGGGAAGCCCCAUUGCACUAAUGGGAUUCAGCUAAUGGAACUGUGUAGUUGAAUCCAACCCUAAGGUUAAAUAUGUGCUGAACUCUCUUGCAUUGAAAUCAUGACGACGACAACAACAACAACAACAAACUACAACAACAAUUAAUAAUAAUAGUUUUAUUCUGCACUUCUACCAAAGUUCAGUUUUCAGGAUAGUUCAUUAACAAGUAUAGUAUUUAAAACAAUAAAAUAAUAUAUGAUUAAUUACUAAAAUAAAUAUGCAAAUUUAAACAGCAGUAGCUCUAUUAAACUUCAGGGGGGAAUGAAACACAUAGGCAUUCACAUCAUAUGCUACCAAAGCCUUGGGAGCAUAAAAAUGUUAUCAGCUGGCGACGAAAGAAUAGUAAAUAAGGGACCUGGAAAAUAUACACAGAAUGGAUUACUCUGUGGCUGGGUGCCAUAAGAGAAAAGGCUGUGUCUCUGGUAGCCAACCUGUAAGGAGCUAAAAGUGGUUGCCAUUCUGUAUGUUAGCUCCUUUACGGGCCACUUGAGAACAAGAUUAAGAAAGCAUCGUUCAAAUAUAUGUCACAGCAACUUCAUUGGAGCAAAAGAAAUUAUCAUCCUUUGCCAGCAUGCAAUACAGGAAUUUAUGGGGGAUUAGCAAUAAAUGCAAUGACUCCUUGGGCUAGCUUGUGCUCUUAAAAGAGGGGAAGGAAAGCUACCAGUCAGUAUUCCAUUAUGAAAUAAACAAAUUAGAAUAGGACUGAUAGCAUCUAAUCAGCUGACUUGAAAAGAGAGAGUUAAUAUUAUUUCUGUUCAUCCAGAUUGCUUCUUUGCUGUGUACAGAAGUGCCCCUUUUAGCAGGCAAGCAUCAGUGCCUUGUGCUAUCUUUCAAUAUAAAAAUGUUCUAUGGUCAGCACAGUGGUUUCCAUUUGUUAACUUGGCCACCAUAUUCUGAAAGAGUUAGGAAAUUUUCAGAUAUGCAUAAUAAAUAGGCAGUUCCAUGAAUAACACAUGACAGAAGUUUAACCUGGACAUUAUCAAGGCAUUUAUGCCCCGGCAAGAUCACGCAGCUGCUAAGUAAUGGAAGAUGGAACAACAGUUGUCACUUGAGCAUUCAUGGGUCAGACUGGAUCUGUAGACUUUAUAACUAAGGAGGACCUGCAAUCCCAUCUAAAGUAAACCUAAUACACUGCCAGUCCUUUGCAUUUUUUAGGUGACAUUCCCCCUUCUUCAUAAAAAAUACAGGUAUAUGAAUAUCUAAAGUUAUUAACUCUUUUACAGCAUCCUGAAGUUCUCAGAAUCAACCUAUACACCACCUUCCUAUAUAUUAGAGAUGGAAAAAGUUGCCAGACAAGGGGACAUUGUUUUAGUAUCGGGCAUGAAAACAGGGAGUUCGAAAUUAAAAGCAAGGAUACAAGAAAGUGUUUAUCAGGUAAGGUCCUUUUCUGCAGUACAUUUAUUAUAGCAGUCUUCCAACAGGAUGCUUUUUCUCCUUUUACAGCUAUUGCCCAGUGAUGGAAAUAAGGUGAUACUGAUAAGCGAAACAUAUAUAUUGAUCACAAAGCACAAUUCAAAAAAUGUUCUGCAGAACUAACAAAUGUUACUGUGGCAUAAGCUGCUGUAGGCAAGAUGCAUGAAGCAGACAGAUGCAUGUAUAAUGUGGAUGAAGGAAUCUUUUACUGCUUUGUGUAGUGAGACUGAAAGGUGACAUACCAUUGAAUGUUGACAGUCACCAAAAUGGGUUUCUGCAUUCAUUUCAUUUCGCAUGUCCCAAAACUGCAAAAAAAUAUACAACCUGUUUUCUGGUACUUGCAAAAUUUACCUGGGAUUGUUGUCAACAUACACAUAUGAAUGCCAACAUUCACAAGAUAAUUGCUAGAGAUUAGAACAGACACCUCAUUAUUCCUCUGCCCCUUCCCCCCUUUUUAUUGUCAUUGUUUGUAUGCUUGUGAACAGUCCAGGUUUCUUUUCACUACAUCAGAAAUGUCUGUACAUAAACAUUCGGGAGCUGCUGCUGAUAUAUAAUUUUAUUAAUUUUUCAAGAUAGCCUACAAAAGAGAACCAUAAAACAAUUAUAAAACAUCAGAAACAAAAGCAAUUAUCGUCGCAACAGUAAAAAUACAAAAAACAACAACACAGUAUAUAUAAAAACAGUUAAAAUCCUGGGCAAUUAUUAUUUUUUAAUGUCUAAAAUGUGUUUCUCUGGUUAACCCAGUCACGUGGCACCUUAUAAAUAAUAGUAAUUUUUAUUAAGAAAGCCUACAGAUGGCUUCUGAAUGGUAAGAGCAUGUUCAACAAUGCAGCCAAUUACAUUUAGAAGGAGCUAUCCUUUGCUAUAGGUCUUCAAGAAGAGGCUGCUGGAGAGGUUAGAUUUCUGAAAUCCCAGUAUCAAGCAGGGACAUAGCAUUUGAUGGCUUGUAAGGACUCUGCUGAUUCUACUUGCCACUUAUCAUUGCUAUAGGCUGCGAGAACUUUGGAGUAGGGACUGACACACACCAGUACUGUUGAACCUGUUGUUCUCCAGUGUUCUUUGGGGGCUAUUGCUAUGUUAUUUUGCUAGUUUUGCUCAGUAAAUGAUGUUGUAAGUGGAACAUUGAAGAAGCAGUUAGCAAGACUCCUAGGCCUCUGGGGUUUUUUUCUCAGGGAUUAAAAACUGCAAAAUGAUGCAUUGUUUUUUGCAUAUUACAGUUCUUCAGGGUAUUCAGAUGCUUGACAGAUAAAAAUAGGUAUCCAUUACAAGUAUGGAUUUUGCAGCACCAACACCACUGUGGCGAAGUCAGCAAGAUGCUACUCAGCAAUAUUCUUUUCAUAUCAGCAGAAAUGUAUGUGUUUAGGGUAUAUGCCAUUUUAAAAAUAAAGAAAAUUAACUAGGACUCAAGUGGAAAAAAUGUGAAACACUUGGGUAUUUGUAUCCCAAUCUGAAAAGACCCUUUUCUUUUCUUUUUUAUUACUAUUACUUUCUGAUUGGAAAUAGAUUUAAAGGAAAAAAGCAUAGACUCUGAAGCCCCCCUCUUUUAGACCCUCACAGUGCUGUCUGGGAUUAUCUAGACCAGUUUUUUUGCAAAAUCAGCCACUUGAUAUUCAUAGGUUACAGUCUAAACCAAGUGGCUUACUGUGUUGCUUAAUAAUGUUCCACCAUAGCCAUAUAUAUAUAUAUAUAUAUAUAUAUAUAUAUAUAUAUAUAUUUAAGAAGGUAAAGACCUCUCUGCAUCUCUUUCAAGGUGCCCACCCUUUAUAAAAAAAGUUUAUGUAUAUGCAUACAGUUGUACAAAGAAUAUUCAUUAAGUGGGUGGGAAAACUAAAGUAAUGGUUGUGUACAGGAAAUACAGGACAAGUGAAAUACCAUGUACUGGCAGUGUGGCCUGGGUGUCCCAUUGAAGAUUCCAGAUAGCUGUAGGCUAACCUAGCCUGCCACGCAUCAGCCUGGGCUAGUGUCAAGAUUUAGUCUGAAAGUUAUUCACCUGUAUUGCAUCAUUUUAUGAGCAUAAGCCAACAGGUGUUUAAAAAAAUCUCAUGAAAAUGAAUAUAUUCACUCAUACUUCCAUGUGUUACAGCCUCUACAAUCCACAUUUACUGUGCAUUUUGUUGCAAUUGCAAAGCAAAGCAGUUUUGGAGUUGUUCUGUAAUAAAAUAGAUUAAAGAGGAACUAGAUAUGACCUUUUAUGAGACAUUUAAAGUGUUGAGGUUUUCAACCAUGAGGGUGGAAAAAUUGGUGUGAGAUCUGUACACAAGAUGAUAUGGGAGUCCAGUGCUGUCUUCUCAAUAUUUUAAAGUUAUUUUAGUCUAAGACCAGUGAAAUCUUCCAAGAGAAGAAAGUGGUGGAAUGAAAAUCCCUUUCUGUUCACAUUUUCCAGUUUGUUUAAUGGCCUAUUUUAGCAGUUUUUCUUCAGAAUGGCUAGUUCAGCGGGACAGUGCUGCAGAAAUGCCCUCCUGACACACCAGUGUUGCUCCUGCUUACCUGGGGGUGGGAUAGGGCAGAAAUAAGAUUGUGGCCGUACAGGCCCACCAGUGGCAGUGCCCGAUUGACCUGACCUCGCUCUCAUUCUGUUUUGCACACUGGUGUCGAGAGAAUAACUCUACAGCAGGCAUAGGCAAACUCGGCCCUCCAGAUGUUUGGGGACUACAACUCCCAUCAUCCCUAGCUAACAGGACCAGUGGUCAGGGAUGGUGGGAGUUGUAGUCCCAAAACAUCUGGAGGGCCGAGUUUGCCUGUGCCUGCUCUAUAGUAUCAUCCAGGCGUGGCGCACCCAUAAGGCAAGGUGAGCCAACCGCCUCAGGCAGCAGGUUUCUCCUGAUAUAGUCUUGUCCCCUUGUUCCUGAUGUAGAACUUCCCUGACCCCUUCUUUACUGGCGGGGAAGAGGGUGCCAUUUUGGAGUCUUGGGCCAGCCCUGAUCUCAACAGAUUCCAUCAUUUGCAGUUCCUUUUUCUUAGCUGUCCAUAAGACCUCCGGUUAGGCUUGGCUUUUAAGUUUGCAUUCCAGAAUGAGAAUUCUAGCUGAAAGAAUGCGUCAUAUUAAUUGCUUGCUUGUUAACACUGGAUUUACCUCAUUCACUGAUUGCUUGAGUGCACAUACAUUUUCAGUGCUUGUAAAAUUUAAAAGGCAAUCAUGCAGAUUUGUGUAUGGCAAUAUAACUAACCGUAGUAUAACAGAAUAAACAAACAGAAUGUGAUCUGAUAAGGGCUUGACUGCUCUGUCAAUACGUAUUGAUAGAUGCUUACUACCAUGCUAAGGUCCUUGUCUUAACUUUGUGCAUAAGUUAGCACAAAGAAUAUGUUCAUUGCAUGACGUUCCUAUUUUCCAGUAAUCCAGAGUAUGGCCUUAGAAGAAGUUAACACAACAAAGUCCUAUUCAUGUGAGAGUAGGCUGCCCUUUAGGUACCCACAACCCCAGCUGCUUAAGUCUUUAAAAAUAAAACUCAUUACUUUUGACAUGUACCUUGAAAGAAACUAGAAGCCCCUGAAAAUCUUUAAAUGCUGGCAAGGUUAAACCUGCUCCAUAGGUCUCAGUUAAUUACCUGGCCAUCAUUGAACUAGUCAGCGUUUCUGAAUAUUCCAUGUUAGUUACCUCUGCAGUAGCACUGCCCCAACGAAGAUAAAUGUAAAAAAAUCAGGUUCUCUCAAGAACACCUUCACUGGGGACAUCAACCAAAAAUAUGCUAUUCCCUUCUGUGACCUCGCAAGGAAAGGACUGAAAGACACACACACAUAAAGGCUGUGUACACAUUCUGCCUUUAAAACUCAUUCUUUCCCUCAAAAAAUUCUGGGUAAUGUUGUUUUUUAAGGGUCCUGGAAAUCGUAACUCUGUGAGGAAUAAGCUACAACUGCCAGAAUUCUUUGAGGGAAAGAAUGUGCUUAAAAGGUAGGAUGUGUACACAGUCAUUAUGUGUGUGUCUUCUCAACCUUUUUUUUUUAAAAAUGGAAAAUUAACUUUUGAAAUUACAUAAAAUGUAAUUUAUCUUUUAUUGCAAAUCAACUGUUUGUUGUCAUUUAAUGUUGGCAUGUAUCUUUCUCUUUUCAAAUAAUUCUCCAGCAUUUUUCUCCACACUUCUUCCUCUGUUUUCCUGACUGAGCUGACUUGAGCGAGUAGAACAUUUGCACUAGAGAUGUUAAGGAAUCCCUUCUCACUGUGUUCUUUAUAACCCACAUGUGAGCUCAGAGAAAAUUGAAAACCAUACUUCAUUCAUCCACAUGGCACUGCGGAAUACCCACAUGGCAGUACAAAAUACAGUUGCUUAAGUUAACUUGCUGCAUUCAGUUUUCUCUGACAAGUUGACAUUCAUUUCUUCCCCCAAAAGCACCAAGAAAAUACUUUCAAGAAAAAGUAAUUAUAACCGCAGAAUUGAAUAAUGUACAUCUAUUCUCAAAGGCAAAAACUAGACUUGCUACAACUGUUCCAACUGUUCAGGUAGAUAACUUUUUCUAUUUUAAAAAAAACUAAUGUUUUAAAAGACAGACCACUGUACUGGGAAAAACACCACAACAUGUGGCGUCUCUGUUCCUCAGGCAGCGAGAAGUUCCUGGGGCAAUGCUUACCCUGACUUGCCUUCCUUUGAAAGGGAGAUCAAUGGAGACAUUAUGUGAGAAUAUACUGUAAGCUUUAAAAAAAAGUUUGGGAGUAAGUUAUUCUUACAAACAGGUCACAUUCUGUAUUUUACACAGUAGUGUAUCGUACGGUCUUCUGUUUCCUGGUAUGCAAUAAAAGGACUUGUGGAAAUUGGAUUUUCUCAAUUCUUACCAAGAAGUUGGAACUUUGUGCUUGCUCCAAGGUGUGGGAGAUGAUAUAGAUAGAUGAUAGAUGAUAGAUAUCCUCUGCUCACCAAGAAGGUGGUGUCCACACAGUGGAAGCAGCUUGGUUAUUUAUUAUUGCUUAAUUCCACAACAAGCAAGGUAACAUGUACAUUUUGCAAGGCCAACUGGACUCAGUUGUAGCCAGCUCCUAGGACCCCUGAAAUCUUGCACCUUACAAGCAUUGGCAGAGCUAUUAAUUUGGGGAUCUUUACUGGAGACAGUUGCGUGCUUGAUCACAACGGGUUGUACCUAAGUCCUACUCAAGCAGGCCCAAUAAAACUCCUGAACCUGAAUUGGCCUAGGGCUUGCCGAUCAGAAGGUCAGCGGUUCGAAUCCCCGCGACGGGGUGAGCUUCCGUUGCUCAGUCCCUGCUCCUGCCAAUCUAGCAAUUCGAAAGCAUGUCAAAGUGCAAGUAGAUAAAUAGGCAGGAAGGUAAACGGUGUUUCCGUGUCCUGCUCUGGUUCGCCAGAAGCGGCUUAGUCAUGCUGGCCACAUGACCCGGAAGCUGUAUACCAGCUCCCUUGGCCAGUAAAGCGAGAUGAGCGCUGCAACCCCAGAGUCAUCCGCGACUGGACCUAACGGUCAGUGGUCCCUUUUCCUUUACCUUUAUUAACUUCAUAGGUCUACUCUAAGUAGCAUUAGAAGGGUCUCUGCAUACAGCCCACAAGCUCAUAACACUACUUUAAUUUGCUCAUAUCCCUUCUGAAAGGGCAAUGCAACCAGCUGUUAUUUCAAAACAAAAUUAGUGCUUUUCUUGCUUUACAUUUUCCAAGUUUGUUUUUCAGUGAAUGAAAUUAAAACUUUACCAUGAACCUAACUGUUUCUUUGGAAAUCCCAUUUGUGUGAGAGUUUUUAAACCUAUAUUCCCCCCCCCCCCGCCUUUUCUUUUUUAACCUACAGAAUGUACCUGCUGCUGAAGUCAGGUUGUUUAUUUUGGAAAACAUAAUUCUGAAUCCAGCGUAUGAUAUCUACCUACUUGUAGGAAUGUCAGUGCAGUAUAAAGUUCAGAAAAUAAGACAGGGGAAGAUUACAGGUUUGUCUUUUUGUUUUUUCAAAUGUUGAUAUUUUGUAUUCAGCCAUUCUCUGAGAAAGACUGGAAUGCAGAUCUACCUGACAGAAAUGAUUACCACCUUUUAUGUGUAUCUAUAGACCUGUACAUAUCCUCAUUUAAGUCAAGAAGGUGAAACAGAGACUGUGAGUUGCAGUUCACUGAGCCAAAUUUUGACGUGUCAUUUUAAUAUGCCAUCUGGCAGACAUUUCCUCCAAACUCUUGUGACAGGAAGGAAGGUUUCAGUUAGACUACAUCAUAUCAACCUGAGUGUAUUCCUACAAAUACUAUCCUCUGUGUGUGUCUAUACAAAAGAACUCUCAGUAGUAGUAUAUGGAUUUAUACUUUUAUCUGUUGCGUAAACCAGUUUUGUGAGUAUAAGGUAUUUCCUUCACUCGAUUUGAGUUGCUGCGUCAAUCCAUUUUUCUUUUUAUUUAUCAUAACAAAUUUAUUGAUGACUCGAUAUUUUACACUGACAGGACUCCAAGGGUGACACCUUUAUGCUCUCAUUAUUUUUUGUGUCUUCUUCCUAUAUGUACAGAAUUAAUAAUGCCUUCCGAUCAGUAUGAACUGCAGCUUCAGAACAAAACACUCAGCCCUGGGGGAGAUCCAGCCUGGGCUGUUGCCAAGUUGGAUCAGGCAACAUCCAGAGUUACUGCAUUGCAGCGGGGACAGACGAACGUUGUACUUUGCCACAAAAAUAUCCUUUUGAAUAGCGUCCUACUUGUUAGCUUUGAAGCUUGAUGAAAUUAUCGAUUUUGGCUCAUGCAGCAGUUGGAGAACUAGCCACUAUGACCUAGUUCGCAUGACGCGCUGGGUCAAACCUUGGAUUAGCACGAAUGCUGGAACAUACAGGCUCCCAGAUAGAAGCUCGUAGCUGUGUCGUGAUGAACUAAUUUAGGUUUUGGCUUAGCAUGUGGUCUGAACCAAGGUUUGUGGCUAAGCAGUUUCCAGACUAACCACUAACUAUAACCCAGGUUAGUUCAAUGUGGUGCCUUCCAUAGUUCCAGUUACAGGUAUCUGUAGAAGAAGAAGUAUCUGAAGAAGUGUGCAUGCACACAAAAGCUCAUACCAAUAACAAACUUAGUUGGUCUCUAAGGUGCUACUGGAAGGAUUUUUUUUAUUUUGUUUCGUCAAGGUUAGUUCAAACAUUGGCUUAGCUCAGUAGUUACAGCAGCAUAGGGGGGUAUCUUGUGCUUCUGUACAGUUGUGGCAACUGCAGCUGCAAUGGCCUAGAACCCUUUAAAAACAUGGUAACUGAAACGGAAGCUGUGUGAGCUAGACUUGGGGGGGGGGUUCAUGCAUUGGUUGCUUCAAGACUGGAUUACUGCAAUGCAUUCUGUGUGGGACGUUCCUUGCACUUGAUUUGGGUGCUGCAGUUGCAGAAUUCUGUAGCACCAUUGCUGUCAGAAGACCCUGAUUUGUUACUGGGCCAAGUUCAAGAUGUUACUGUUAUUAUAUAAAGCCUUUAACAGCUUGGGGCCAGUUUACUUGUGAGAUUUCCUUUCUCUGUAUAUGCCUUCCUGACUGCUUCAAUCUGCAAAACUGGCACUGUUACAGGUGGCGUGUAAUACUCAUUCUGCACUUGUAAGAAAUUGAUAUUUUAAUAUGGCAGCAUUUCACUUUGGAAUUUCUUGCCUGUUGACAUCAGGCAGGUGCCUUCACUAUACUCUUUUCGGCACCUGCUAAAUCCAGUUUUGUUUAGGCAAGCCUAUCCAGAAAUGCAGAACGUUGACAUAUGCUUAUCAUUGAUUAUUAUUUUUGAAGGUUUUAAAAAGUAGCAUUUUUAGUGAUGAUUGUAUUUGUUUUAUUACAAUCAAGUGAUAUAUAAACUUUGCAAAAUAAAUAAAUCUUUUUUUACAGUGGUUAGGCAAAAUGCAACAUAGUGUAUGGAGCCAUACAAUCUUAAGUUGUUGCAAGUUGAGUAUCACAAUUCCCUCUCUGUUUGGUGUUUGUCUGCCUUAAUUGCCAUACAAUGAAAUGUAGUUCUACCUCCAGGAAAUGCAGUUCAUCUUGUGCCAAACAUAAAUAUAAUUAUAAAAGGUAUUAGUUUGAUUCAGGUGGAACAGGAAACCAUGAUUCUCAGUACAAGAGGAAGGCAUGUAAAAUGUCAGGCUCUUGCACUCACCCCUCCCACUACGGCAGCUGUGAGAAGCAUCUACUUACACUUUUGUCCAUACUAGUCUGCUGCAUCCAGACUCCAGGAACUGUUUAUUAAAACUCUUGUUAGGAAGAUUAUAUGAGUCUCAAGUCACCGGCUGUAUUAACAUAUAAUGCUAAACCAUAGUUUAGUUUACAGGCAUCCCCAACCUUUGGCCCUCCAGAUGUUUUGGCCUACAACUCCCAUCAUGCCUAGCUAACAGGACCAGGGGUCAGGGAUGAUGGGAAUUGUAGUCCAAAACAUCUGGAGGGCUGAAGGUUGGGGAUGCCUGGUUUAAUACUAUGUGCAUGUGCUAUAGUGAGCUCAUUUAAAGCACACAGAAUGAUUGAAUUGCAGAGUUGGAAGCAACCCCAAGGGUCAUCUAGUCCAACCCCCUGCAAUGCAAGAAUCUUUUUGCCCAACAUGGGGCUCGAACCCAUGACCAUGACAUUAAGAGUUUCAUGUUCUACCAACUGAGCUAUCCCAUGAACUCCCUCUUCCUUCUCCUUGUCCUGUGCAGCCAGGAGGAUUUCAUUGAAGAUUAGUUUCAUUUUUAUGAAGGGCAGCAUAUCAUGUUCUAUGCAGUGCUUUUUUCCUAAAAAAAAAAUGUUUAGGGGUACUCUCAUUUUGACUCAAGAAAAUCGCUAUUUUAUAGUAUAAAUCAGGGGAAAUAAAUACAGUAAAUGGACAAAAGGCCACCAUUGUGGGUAGCAAUGGAACUGACGAUUCACUGUGCUAGAGAACAAACUAAAAAAAAAUACAUUUCUUCUCCUGUUAGAUUCACAAAAUGUUUAGGGGUAUGCGAACCCAUGCGUCCCCCCAGAAAAAAGCACUGGUUCUAUGAACUAGGAAACUGGUAAAUUGCAAAGCAAACUAACUUCAGACUAUGGGUUAUGAAGCUGACUUGUUUCUCUAAUAAGAGUUUGACCCAGGAAUCUGAGUUUACAACAAGGCAUGGGUAGGCAGACUAAAGCCCGGGGGCCGGAUCCGGCCUGAUUGCCUUCUAGAUCUGGCCCAUGGACAGUCCGGGAAUUGCUGCGUGGAUCUGAUUCUGAUCGUUCAGGCUGCACCAUUCUCCCCCCCCACACACACAUAUACCACAGCAGCAGCACCUCCUCCCUCCCUCCUUCUGGCUUCUCCCCGCCCUGCCUAGAGGAGGAAGGGGGCUGGGCUUUGUUGGUGCCAGCCGCUCUCGAGAGCCCUUUCGCACACCGCUCAUCAUUCCUCCGCCACCGCCACCAGCCCCUUCAACUCACAAGACACAGGAGCCACAGUUGGCUGAGCACCCCUCUCAAAUGGCCGCCAUUUAAAGCAGCCCCACUCCAGAGCCCUUUUGCAUGCCACUCAUCAUCCCUCGUUCAUUCCCCCCCCCAAUAUAGUCUGGCCCCCCACAAGGUCUGAGGGACAGUGGACCGGCCCCCUGCUAAAAAGAAUUGCCAACCCCUGCCACAAGGCAACAAAGUGAAACUAAACUUCAACUAAGUAUUUUGCAUGGCUUCCUGGGAGGAAGAGGGAUUCCUGAGCCCGAUGCUUUGUUUAGGCUCACUGCAGCUCAUGCAUGCAGCAUUAGAUCACAGUGUAGUGUCAUAUGCAAACAUAGCCCACUGUGUGUUCUUUAUGAUGCGUUAUUCUCCUCUUUAGUUUCAGUUAAAGAAGAAAUUGCUUGUAACUUACUGUAUCUCUUGACCUUGACCAGUUUCCAAGCAUUUCUAUGAAAGGUGCUUCCAAAUUGCCAAAUGGCACCAUUUAUGUUGUAGACCCUGGAUACUUAGGUGAGUACUAGAUGUUCAGUCAAAUGAAUCUGUCAGUUUUGUCUUGUUAACUUUGGGGGAAAAUAAAUAACUUCUUUCUUCCAGCUAUAAUAACUUAAUGUGUCCAUUUAUAUUACAGUAUGUUGAUGUGUUUUUAAUAUAAUUCAUAUCUGUGGGUGACUGGUGGGUGGCCUUUAAAUUUGCAUGGCCAUAAUUACAGCCUACUAGUUCAAAUUUUCAAAUAUCUCAUUUUCAUUAGAUUUGCAAAUGUGUAGAAUGGUUAAACAUUGUGCUUAUCAUAUGCAAAGCCAUGAGCUUACGUGCCUCUUAUUAAUCUGUGGUUCCAAGCCCUUUCUCAAAUGUCCUUUCCCUGUUUCCAAGCAUUUUCUCUGGGCCACGGAAAGUACUCUUGCCUAUUAUCGUUGCUUGAAGCUCUUAUGUUUCUAGCUAUAAUACACACACACACACACACACACGAUAGAGAGAUAGAGAGAUAGAUAGAUUACAGUUACAGGGAACCAGGCAGAGGGCCUUCUCAGUAGUGGCACCCACCCUGUGGAACGCUCUCCCACCAGAUGUCAAAGAGAACAACAAUUACCAGACUUUUAGACGACAUCUGAAGGCAGCCCUGUUUAGGGAAGCUUUUAAAGUUUAAUAAGUUAUUGUAUUUUAGUGUUCUGUUGGAAGCCGCCCACAGUGGCUGGGGAAACCUAGCCAGAUGGGCGGGGUAUAAAUAAAUACAUUAUUAUUAUUAUUAUUAUUGAUAGAUAGUUGCAGAUCAGGGAACCCUUUGGGACUGACAAGUAAAGUAAUAAAUAUUUACUUAAUUAUUUUUCUACAGUCACAGAAUGUGAUUGUUGCUUAAUUUUUAUUGCGUCAAACUCUAAUGCCCUGGCUAAAUAUUAGAAGCCUCUUAUCAACAAAAUAAGAGUAUUUGAUUGAAAAUAUGAUUCUGAUAACCCUUUAUCAAAUAUGUAUUUCUGUACAGUAUGAUUUUCAUUGCUUUUCUACUUUAUAGGAUUUUCUAUUCAUCCUGCUGAUAGGUGGGUCUUGGAAACAGAGAGGAUCUAUGAAAUCACUGUUGAUGUGUAUGAUAAAUCAAGUAAUAAGGUGCACUUAUCGGAUGUAAGUGAAAUAUGGGCAUACAUUUUCUCUUAAAUGUGUUUGUGUGUGUGUAUUCUUAUUCAGGUGUUUAAUAUUUAUGGGAAAUGAGCUCACUUCAGCCCAGUAUGUGAUGAGUGAGCAGCUUCAGCUUGAAGGAGGUCAUUUCUGUAUACAUAGGGUUUUCUCUACGGCAACUCAAGAAUAGUCCUUUUCUGUGAUGGCUCCCUAUUUAUGGAAUGCUGUCCCCAGGGAGGCUCACCUGGUGCCUUCAUUACAUAUCUUUAGGCAUCAGGCAAAAAGGUUUCUCUUCAGCCAGCUGUUUGGCUGAUUAACAUUCCCAAAGUGUUGGGAUGUUUUUGGUUUGUUUUUGUUUUGUAUUGUAUUUUCUAUUCUCAGUUUGUAUUUUUAUGUUAUUAACCACCCGGGAUCUUUGGAUGGAGGGCUGUAUACAAAUUAUUAUUAUUAUUAUUAUAUAUUAUUAUUAUUAUUAUUUACCUUCAAGCUGAUAGUGAUCAUGUAUCACCUAAGGCGAGCAUGAGUGGCUGGCAUGCACAUAGGCCUUGAGGGAUAGGGCUAGCCCCAUGCAUUCCCAUUGACUCCUUCACAUAUUUGGUGCCCUCAAUACCCAUGGGUACAGAAUUAUGGAAUCUGGCUAUUGUCUAAUGAUAUUUUAAGAAAUUGCGGGGUUUUGCUACCAGUUUAAAUUAGGAUGGAGGGAAUGGGCUUCACUCUGGUGACUGAAAGCAGCAAAAAAUGUUUUGAGCCGGCUGCCUCUUUUUUAUCAAGUCAGGCUGCCAUAUUAUUUUACUUAGCCCUAUUUGCGUGUCGAGGUCCCCAAGCCACCCCUAAAUAAUUCACAAUUCACACCUAAUUUUUGUUUAAGGUUUUUGGCAUAAUUUUGGCCACAACUUUAUUAAAAUACAUAAAUGUGAGUGGUUGCUUAGGCAUUGGUUCCGACUAUCUGUCCCCCACCCCGGGAGAGAACUGACUUCUGGAUUCCAGCGAAAGCCAGUAAGGGAAAACAAUAUUGGGGCGAGCAUGGGGCCGGGCACCAGACCCUCACUCCUCCCCGCAUGCUUCCAGGGGCUUGCGCGGCCCACGCCCCAUUCAGGGGUAUGGACGAAAGAAUGGCAAGCCCCUGGAUUCCUUUAACAGAAUUCCCUUGCAGCAGCAGCAUUGGAGGGGCAGGCACCGCCAAUUCAUACCCCUCCACCAACCAGUUUUUUAAACCAAUGCCUAACCGCAACCUUACAAGUUUUGACGAUUUGCUACGUAGUGGGCAAAAACCAAAUGGCACCAGCCAAUCAGCCAAAUGGACAAAAUUCCUAACUGGCCCCUGCCCCAAAAGCAGACGACCCCAUGACAGGCAUAGCAAAGUCAACGCAAAUACCCUUAAGUUAGGGAGGGUGGGCGGGGGAUCCGAUGCACGCAGCAAAAGUGCCCAGUCAGUGCUGCGUGCCUUGCUUUAUAACCUUUGCUCCAGCCCCCUAAAUGGCAACACCAAAAUUUGCCCAGUAACCCAACCACCCAAUCACUACGGAUGGUCAUCCAUACUGACCCACCCAGCAACAGAGGGGUGGCUUGUCAGCCCCCACCGCAAGACGUGCUCUCUAUGAAGGAGAACACGCUUUCUGUAUCUCUGACAGCAGGCUGGCAUGCUUAGAUUAAGUCAGUCAGCUUUACCUGUGUAUGCCUGCCUACUAUUAAAACACUAGAGCAGGGCAAGUAAAGCACCAAAUAUGAGUAGUAACAUAUGAAAACAUUGGGUGGUUGGAACCAUAACCAACAUUAGACAAACAACUCAGAGCAGAUUCAUAGAGGUUAAUGGCAAGGGCUAACUUAGGUCUCUUAAUUUCAUUGAGUCUACUCGUGAGUAGAAUUUAGCUGAGUAGAACAAAAUUGGAAAUACAGUGGUACCUCAGGUUACAUAUGCUUCAGCUUACAGACUCUGCUAACCCAGAAAUAGUGCUUCAGGUUAAGAACUUUGCUUCAGGAUGAGAAUAGUAAUCGUGCUUUGGCGGCGCGGCGGCAGCAGGAGGUGCUUCAGGUUAAGAACAGUUUCAGGUUAAGAAUGGACCUCUGGAACGAAUUAAGUACUUAACCCGAGGUACCACUGUACCAUAUAUUGGUUUGGAUGUGGAAAUUUCUUGCAUAAGCAGAAAAACUAUUCAACUUUCACAAGAUAACCCUGCUAAAUUGCUCUGAUUUCCCUGUCCUGCAGCUGCUGCUGCCGCCACUUCCCAUGCCCCAGCCCACAGCAUUGUCAGAGAUCCUCAGGAUUGUGCAGAGAGGCCACAGUGAACUAUAGUCAGCCGAAGGUGUUAGGAAAGCCUUGCUUUGUGAAUGAAGUUCAGCUCAAUCUUUCCUAGAUCUAUUAUAGUACUUCUAUGUCAUAUAUUCAUUUUUAUUUUAUUCAGAGUACAUCCUCUUAUGUCCAAGUAAUUACACUCAUCCUUUUUAAAUUUCAGAAUCUCAGAAUAGAUAUUUCCUGGCCAAAAGCGUACUUCAAGGUUCUUCAGUCCUCUCCAAAUGGUUCAUAUCAUCAUGUGAAAGCGAUAAAGGAGGGACACACCAUUAUAAGUGCUUCUUUAACAUCUGUUGUAGAUCAGGUAUGUCUGUUGAAAGAGGAACAUUUUGUCUUGCAUUUGUUUAAAGCUGAAGCCUUGAAUCUGAAUGGUAUCUUAAGAGCAAAUAUGAUACAUUGAAGUUCAACAAAGUCAAGGGGGAGUGGGAAUUAACUUGUCUUAAUAGAAAUGGAGGACUCCUUACAACUAUAAGCACAUCUGUUUGAAAAUAAAUUCCAUUGAUUCCAAUAGAAUUUCAUUUCAAGUAAUUGUCUUCACAAUCGCAAACUAACUACAUAUCCCUAAAUACAUUAAUUUGAAGCAACCCAGUUGGACAUUUUCGAUCACUGGGGCUUUUUUCUAAGUAGUGUAUUCAAGUAGUAAAGCUUUUUCUGAACUGUUUCAUGCUAUAGAUAUGAGUUGCUCAGCCAUGAUGAAAAAGCCCACUAUAUACAAAGGAAAAUAAUGUGUUUGGGAGCAGACUAGGUUGCCUCUAUUUGUUAACCUGACUCUUUUGUAUAUGCUUGAAGUUAGGGGUUUUCCCUCUCCUACAUGCAGCAUUCAAACAUCCUAGGCAGGACAGUCCGGUAAAACCUUUACGAAACAAUUAAGUGGAAUGUUUCAAUUGGGCUUCAAUAAUUUCCAAAACAUGAGGAUAAGCUGGAAAGCUAACUUCCUAUAGACUUGCCCCAAUUUGCAAGUUUUGUAGCCCUUCCUGGUGUCUUUUUGAUUACUGAAGACAAAUGGGGUAGGAAGGAACAGUCCUAUGUUGAGAGACACACACACACACACACACACACACAUAUAUAUAUAUAUAUAUAUAAAUAUAUAAAUAUAUAUAUAUAAAACAAUUUAAAAUAAUAAUUUUACAUCCUUACUAUAUCAAUGAUUUCGCUACUUCUCUUUCCAUGGUUCAUUUUACAUAUCAUAAAUCCCUGCAUAUUUUACAAAAACUGUACCAUUCAGUACUCCAUUAUUGCAUUCAUCAAAACUUGUUUACACUGUUGAAUUUAUCUUAAUGCUGCCAGUGUUUUCAGCUGUAUACAAUUAUUUCCCAUAUAUUCAAUAAACAUUUCCCAGUCUUUUUAAACGUAUGUUCUUCUUGUUCUCUUAUUCUAUAUGUUAAGUCUGCAGGUUGUGCAUAUUCUGUCAAUUUAAGUUGCCAUUCUUCUUUAGUUGGGACAUCGCUCAUUUUCCAUUUUGGGGCUAACAAAACACGGGCUGCAGUGGUAGCAUACAUAGAUAAGCUUUUCUGACACCUGGGAAUAUCAGUUUGAAUUAUCCCCAACAGAAAGGACUCUGGGGUGUGUUUGGGGGGAGGGAGUACUUUUAAUCAUUUUUUUUCAAUAGUGUUGACAAUUAUUUCUUAACAAUCUGGCACCUGUUGGUCCUGAAGCUGCUGUAGAGGCAAGAGGCUUUUGCAGUUACUCAUGGAAUGAGGGAGGCCUGGCAAGUUUCUUCAGUGUUCAGUUAUAUGCUUUGCUGGCACCAAGGAGAGGGCAGGGCUGUGAGGUUUUCUUCAUACCUAGCCAACAUGGGUAUCAAAAGGAAAUGUUAUAAUAAUAUACGGUAAUUAAAUCUGCAACAUUCCUAUAGACCACUGGUGACUGAGUCCCUGCUAUCAGUCUGGAUGUGCAAAGUAUCCCAAGGAUAUAACACCAUGCCAAAGUUUUGAGUGCCCCCAUAACCAACACCAUUGAUUCCAGAAUAUCUUGUUAGCAACCUCCCACAGGAAAUAAAGCAAUGCUUCUGUGACUAAUGAGAAGUUGCUGCUCAAGGCUGCAGAUCUUGGCAGCCCUGGAUAGUUGCAAGCUGAUUUACUUGGGAUAAUUGUCUAGGGAAUUGUUUCUUGACUUAGAAUGUAAUUGCCGGUAUGGAGUUCAGAAAAACCCAUUAAUGGGAACAGAUAAACAGCUUCUAUUUUGAAAUAUACUUCUUUCUGGUUUAAAGUUUAGUGGAUGUGGUCUUAUCCAAGCUUGGAAAGUGAUGCAUAGUUUAAUAAGGAGACUGACUUACUUUAUAAUGCUGUUGUAAGGAUUACAACUAGGUCACAUAUGUGAAUUUAAAAGUGCUAUUGAAGUGUUUAUACUAAUGUAGUAGUAGUAGUAGUAGUAGUAGUAAGAAGUAGUAGUAGUAGAAGAAGAAAAUACUGAGUGGGUUUUUUCAGAGUUAACUUUAUUGUGAGCAAUGCGUCUUUGGUUAACAAUAGUAAUUGUUAUAUACUGUAGAUUAGCCAUUGCUUUUUGGGAUAGCUAUAGAGCAUAUCCAACUGAGUUACUUAGAGUAGACCCAAUGAAAUCAAUGGAUUCAAGAUUCAUUAAUUUCACUGAAUCCACUCUGAAUAUAACUAAUGUUUUGAUAUUGGAAACAACCUUAUGAUCCUAACAUUACUUGCUUGGAGUUGAAAGGAAACCCCCAGAAUGUAGUAAGGCCUUUGGACCAGAACCCAUAUCUUCAGGUUAUCAAUAUCAUACAUUUCUAAUACAUAUAUGUUGACACAAAUGUGCUCUGCAACACAAAUUAGAAGGCCACUCUCUGUAUCAGCUUCUUAGCCCAUGUAUGUAUUUUUAUUACUACUAUUAAAAGACACUACAGUACACCUUUCAGUAAUAUUCUCGGGGCAGCUAUAGAUUAAAACAGUAAAACAGCUUAGCAAAAUAGUAAUCAGCACACAGCCUUUAAAAGGGGAAAAUAAAGAGGUCUUUGCCUGGUGCUGAAAGUACAUUAAAUUGAGUGCCAGCUGAGAUGGCCACCUAUGUAACUUCAGAGACAGGGAGACAUGGAGAAGUGUCUCCACUGUAUGUGAUGAUGCAGAAGUUCAUGAACAUGUCAGAGAUGAAAUAAGCAUCCCUAAGUUCCCACCGGCAUUUCAUCUUUUUAAGAUUCAGACAGACUUUGUCAAAUAAACAAAGUUUAAUUAGUGCAUAAUUUAUUUUAAUAGGAUGGAGGUGUUCACACACUACCUGUUCCUGUACAGAAUCAGCAAGAAGUAGACAUUUAUGUUCCCAUUGCUCUUUCACCAAGCAUUUUGACGUUUCCAUGGCAGCCGAAAGCUGGAGCCUAUCAGUACACAAUAAAGGUAAGUGCUGAAAGCCAUCUAAAUGCAGAAAACAGUCCGCCUCGCUAUUGGGUACUUGAUGACUCUAUUGUACGUUAUUAACUUUUGAGGCUGCAACCCUCUUUCUAUUAGAAAAUGGAAUUUCGUUACUCUUCUGCUGCAAUUUGACACCUGCUGCUUCCAGAACUGCAUUUUGUUUUAUGGCACACUCUUAUGAUUAAGGAGCCUUCCUUUUAAAGUAGGUAUGAUUGCAGAACAUAACCUGUGGUGGUAGAAAAUAACAAAUGGAAAACAAAUAAAAAUUCUUAUGGUUUAUGGCAGGUAGGUUCCAUAAGUUAGGGGCUUUGUUGACUGCUGAGAAGAUAGCCAGAGCACCGACAUACUUCACUUCCUCUGUUUCAUCCACCAUUGCAAUAACAUUGCUGUUGGGAGGCAAAGGCCACGGCUUUAUUCACAGUAGAUCUUCCAACCAUGACUCUUCUUCUGCACUUUUCAUGCUUUCUCAGUUUCCAGCGAAUAAGGUUAACCAGAAGCAUCUUUUCUUUGAACUUUCCUGGGAAAAACAAAUUCUGUUACGCAAGCUUUUUUUUUUUUUUUUUGGUUUUGUUUUUGUUUACAGGUAACUCAGUUAAGGGUGUCAGAGCUCUUCAGAUCUCUUACAAAGAUUUUCGUCCUCUUUGUAUGAGAAAUGGUUUAACUUGAAAAGAGGCAUCUAUGUGAAUAAAUGCCAAGCUGUGUGAGUUUCUGACAUGUAAAAAUACAGAAGUCUUAGUUAAGCAAUCUGAUUUGAGAGAAUGAAAUUUAAGUUAUGGGGCUGAAUCUAGAUUUUUGCUUCCGUGGGUAGGAGCAUCUGUUGAGCAGAACGCUACUCAAUGGAUGCUGCUGCUGGUGUGCGUGUGUGGCUUGUGCUUCUGUUAAUUCAACCCCCCUCCCCUCCGAAUGUGAGAGGUGGUGCAGUGGGGACAGAAUGUAUUAGAACUCAAUACAACUCCAGAAGGGUAUGGGAGAUGUGUGGUGGUGAUCAUCCCCUAUUUAGAAAUGUUUGAUUAUUUGGGCAGUUUGGCCUGUGAAAGUGAAACUGUUUCCUGGGAUUUUUAAAUUUGUGUUUCUGCUUAGAAUAAUUCUAAACAAAUUAUUUAUGAUAAUUUGAGAAACUCUCCUGCAUGUGCAACCUCUCUGCAUGUGGAGAGUAAUCUGACCAGUGGAGAAGAUGAGUGGGAAGGAAUUCUGCAUGUGGAAGAGUGUGGGUAAUUUACAGUGCCCUUAUUGGGUUUUCUUUCCUCGUUGCCAGAAUUUAUAACACAUAUCAGACUGCUAUUGACGAUAUUCUACUUAUGGCAGUGGGUUUUUUUAUAGAGCUGAAACAGAUGGUAUACAUCUGAUAUGCAUAGCAUACAGAGCUAUCCCGUUGCUUGAUCUGUGAGGUCAUACAUCUCUCCAUAGUUUACACGCUAUAAAAACAGAGUACUUGUAAAUGCAUCUUCUUGUUCAAGCCACAAACACAUAAUGAAGAUAAAUGUGUGAAGAUUUACCUAGCAGUUUUGAUUUUAGGAAAGGACUUAGGACUGAUGACAUGCAUUUUACAGCUACUGAGUCCUUUGAAAGACUAAGGGUGUUGCAGGCCAAAGUAUUCAGACCUUUGUAAGAAGCAUAGUGAAAACUGGCGCUCUUCAUUGUUGUCAGCGGCUGACUUCUGAUGAAUUUCAGAAGCAAUGUCUAUACACAGCUAACCUCCCCUUAAGACUAAAAAUAAAGACAUGAUGACAGCAAGAAAUCAAUUUUCUGUGCCCCCUUUUGCCAUUAAUACUUUUCAGAAAUUCCCAUUGGUAGAAAAACACUUUCAGCAGUACACAGGUUAGCUGCACUGAGACUUGAAAUCAUUCAGUUGGCUGUCUCCGGCUUUCAGUAAAACGGAAUUAAUCGGAGUUCUUAAGAACGCAACAAUUCUAUAUGCUGGGCCUCUUGUGUGCUGACUUGUGAAAUGAUAUGCUGACUACUGGCACUAUUAAUCACUGAGGUAUCUCUUGGUAUCAAAAAUUUUGCCGGCAAUAGAGAACCAGAGGGAGAGGUGUCUGUGGCCAUUAUAACUAUGAAUGAAACAUCUUUGUGUAAGGAAAUAAGAGAUUAAAAUGCAGCAGAGUGUGGAUCCCUGAUGUUUCUAGUUUAGUGGAAGAGUGUUUCUCUCCAUGAAUGUCUGGCUAGCAGUUCAAGGCUAGGCUAUUCUAAUCUAUUUGAGUAAUUUGCAGAAUGGGUAACUUAGAGGUAUAUAUGAGAACAAGUAAUAAAAUGAAUAUAUUUAUUUUUUAUGUUUUUCAUUUACCGUCUAGGCUCAUGGUGGAAGUGGUAAUUUUUCUUGGUCCUCAUCUAACCAAAACGUUGCUACAGUAACAGUCAAGGGAGUAAUGACCACUGGGAAUGAAAUUGGUGUCAGUAUUAUACGUGCCAGUGACGUUCAGAAUUCAUUGCAUUACGGGGAAAUGAAGGCAAGUAAUACUUAUUUUGCUUUUCCUUCCAAGAAGGGUCUUAUCAGAAUCUGCGGAGAAGGCACACUGUGCUUAUCAGUCAUGAAGCAGAAGAGUUCAUGUCUCUUUCUGUGCCUAGGAAUUCUACUUGUGGGGCUUCAGAGCAGACAGGAAAUGUUGAACAUCCUUUCGCUUCUCUCACAAGAGGGUUUCUCUAGAUGAAUUAUUUAGGUUUGUUAAAUACUGCAGAAGCAGCUUUUCAUACAUAUGGAGUACGAGACAAGUGGGGAAAACAGAAUAAAAUGCACAGGAUGGCUGAGGCAUGUCCCCUCUUACUACUGGCUAAUUUUCUUAUUUUUAAAGAAAACUCUAGCACUUGGAGAUUUAGGGAAGUUAAACAGGAAAAAAGGUUUCAUUUUACAACAAAAUUGGUAAAAGAAAAGAUGUGCCAGGAGGUAGAAUCAUUUCAAGAAAUUGUUAACUAAUAUUUAUAUAACAAUUGAGUGGAUGCUACAGGUUUCCAAACAAGAUGGUAAAUACAUACCAUAUUUUAAUUCCUUAAACUACUUGCAGAAGUUUUGCAGCUGAGGUCUUAAUCCUUGAGUCCUGAGACAAGGUGGUACUUUGUCAAUUUCCCAGUCUUCUAUAAAUCUCAUUCCUGAGCCUCUUCUACUAGUAUAGCAGACCAGGGGAUCACCACACCCCUCCUAAUGGGUUUGGAAUUAUUCCUCUCUCGAUCCAGAAGAUCUGUUUCCUUCUUCCUGAAAUGAGACCAAAGGAGAGUGUUUCCUCACAACUCCACUUCUCCUUUUUCAAAUUCAGCUUCCCAGUUCUCACUUCUCUGUAUACUCUUAAAAGACAAUAGUCACUAUCUUUUAAGUUCAGAGACUUCUUUUGCUGGCUAUAGAUACUUUCCUCAGGGUGCAUUUUACACAAAGCUCAGAGGCUAUUCUCCUAUCCAGCUGAACACUAACUCCCAGCUGCUUUUCUUUUUCUCUCACAAAGUGCUGUCUCCACUCCCCUCUGGAUAGCUGUACCUGCUGCCAACUCUGCAAGCUACACCACUCUGGGGAAAUUUCACAGCACUGCACCACCAAAUUCUGGUCUAUCUGAGCUUUCCGUCACAAUGACCAACAUUUUAAUUUGGGUUCCUUUUUAAAUUGCUAAAGGUGAAUAAUCCUGUGCUUUAUCCAUUGUCAUCUGGCUAAAUGCUUACACCAUACAGAUGUAGAGAACCACAGAAAGAUUUGAAGACACGUGUUAAAACCUCCAUUUCCUACAAACCUUGUAGAAAGGUUGCAUUGGUGAAAUUCAGGUUCCAAGACACAAAAUUGACUUACCUGAAAUAGUCUUUAGCCAGAUAAGGAAGAAGGAGGCUUCUAAAUAAGUUUUCCAAAUUAUCUGUUCUCCUCCCAAAGUGAAAUUGCAAACAUUUAAAACUCCUGAAGAGCCAAUUUUCAGCUACAAUUAUAUAUAAUGACUGAUCCAUAGUUCAUGCAGAUUUCCUCACACUCACCUGUCAAACAGAUGGCUAACCACACUUCUCACCUGUUGUGAUUCCAGAUUCAAUUUCCCCUCUUUCUCCUAGUUUUUCAAAUAGAUGAUUGGCACCAUCAGAGCUUACCAUAUUUAACAACUGUAAAGAGGUGCACUUGCAAACCUAAUCUAGUAUGAAUAGGAAUACAUGCAGAGGCAGGUGCUGAAUGUGUUGCAUGUUUGGGAGGGGUAAAUCUGGGUGAUUGUGGACCUAGGCUAGUAAGCAGACAGGAACUAAUUAGCAGGUACCAGGCUAAUUGUUUCAGUCAAACUGUAUAGCUGUAAACCAGAGAAAAAAAUAACUUUAUACAGUACAAAGUUCCUAAAAUGCUCAUUCAAAAAUACAGUAAGAAAUGCCUGCCCCACCCUACUAAAAUCGGAGCACCACAGUAGAGGCUAACUUAACCACCAGUAGCCUGGGUAAAUCAUGUCUUGGUCUGGUGCUCCCAAACUGACAGUGAUGGUGCCAGACACAUAUCCCCCCGGAGAGCAUUCCACAGAUGGAGAGCCCCUCUGAAAAAGCCUGUUGUUUUGUAGCCACCUUCCAGACCUCCCUAGGAAGAGACACAUGGAGAAGGUCCUCUGAUGAAGAUCUCUGAGUCUGAGCUGGUUCAUGUGGAGAGAGGUGUUCCUUGAGGCAUCUUUAGCCACGUAAGAUUUCAUAGGUGAAACCAGCACUUUGAAUUGAGCUCAGAAACUAAACAGUAGCCAGUGCGAUUGGGCCAGAAUUGGUGUAAUAUGUUCAGACCUUCUGGUCCCAGUCCGUAAUCUCACAGCUGAAUUCUGUACUAGCUGUAGUUUCUGAACUGGCUUCAAAGACAUCCCCACAUACACAAUUGCACUGUCUCUAAUAGCACAAGCAAAGCCUGGCUUCUAGAGCCUGUGUACUUAAGAAUAUAGAGAUACGUUUUCAUUUGGACUACUGUGCUUAUGUCAGAUAGAUGGUACCACCUGGACCAGUUAUAAUGCAACAACUAAUGGAGAGGAAUCUGGUUAAACAGCCACUGCCUGCUAUUUUAGUCAAGAGCUAUUGGAAUCCUGCCAAGUUCACAUUGCAUGUUUGUUUUCUAAAAGCCCUUUUGCUAGGGUGCAUUUUCCAGGAACAUAGUGACUGUUCCAGAGCGAAAAGCCAUUUACUAGACAGUCACUCUUGGUAUGAAAGUAAUAUGUGUUGCAGGAAAUAUAUUUCUAAGCAAGUUUUGUUCAAUAGAACUGUUCUAGAAGUUGCAUCUGCAGUGCCUAUGGUAUAUGUAACUGCUUGUUUUCAAUCUGUUUUAAGCAGUCUGUCUGCCCUUUCAAAAAUAAUUUAAAUGGACAUUAAACACAGCAGUUUAAAUAUUAAGUUGCAGUGUUAUCCUACUUGCUAACCUACUACUAAAGUUAGAUGAAGGUUUGUUAUGCAGUCUUACACUGUGUGUAUGUACCACACAAUAUCUCUGUCCCCAAAAUGUCAUUUUCCAGGAAAUGAUAGCUGCCUACAUGAGGCUCAGAAAUGAGAUGUUUAGUUAAACCGUUUCUUUGAGAUUCAUGAUUCAAAGCGCAGAGCAAUAUGAGUGCACUUCAUCUCAUUUGAACUUGCAAGAACGAGCAUUAAAUGAAACAAGUGCCUUCAGUUUAACAUUUUAACUGUCUCUGCUCAAGCUUUGCAUCUUGUGUUUGAAGCAAACAUCUGCCUGCUGACCUUGAUUAUCAGGUUAGGCAAGUAGUCUAUACCUUUCAUGAGGAUUACAUUUUUAACACCAUGCCAUAUGGUCCACAAUUUAACCUGAAGCAUUAGACAGGUGGCUUAAAAAGUUAGACACACUGAAUAAAAGCUUUGAUCAAGCAGUUGUUAUGAAAUGUUGCUAUCCAUCUGUGAUGAUUUCUUGAUGAUAGCAAGGAAUAAAAUAUAAACUUGGAAUUUAAGCAUCUGCUUCUCCCCACAUUUGAGAUAGCAUUUCCAUGUGUAUAUUAUAGAAAAUAUGUGACAGAAGUGAGCUGUCAAUAAACACAACAGUCACAUGCGUACUAAGCACGCUCCAAACCUGCUGUGCAUUCACUCUGACUCAGUGUGAUUUACCACAGUCCUGUUUAUAUUUACAUGUCUGUAAGCUCUGUUUAUUGAAAUGGACAGAGCCUGCUGUAAUAACAGGUGGACUGUUAAUGCAACACAGGCAUACAAAGGAGAAUAGAAGAGGUUCUCUGACCACCUCCUAAGUCUGUGCACAGAUAAAAUAUAAGAAGUAGCAUCUCUUUCCGAGUUCCCUUCUUUCCAAGUCAUAUUGAAGAAGGAGUGAUGUCACACACACACCCAAUCCAAUCCCUAAAGGUCCACUCCCAGGGGACAUUCAAUUUAGCCAACCUAUUUUGGCUUGGAGAGAAAAGCUUCACCUGCCACAAGGUCCUAUGCUUCCCUGGGAUUCCCUAGGCUUCUGAUACACAUUUUGAGAGCCAUGGUAUUGGAUGCUCUUUCAGAAGAGAGAGGACUCCUUAAGAAGUGAGGGGGAUCAGAGUAAUACACUUACAGUGACUGCAAUGUUUAUAGGUGCUAAAUUCCUAUUCUACUAUUAUGCAGUGACAUCUGCACAUUCACGUUUGGACAAGAUAAUGUUAAAAUUAGAUGUUCAAAUGCAUUUCAGUUUAUCAUUUCUAUCUCCACAAAAGGAUCUCAGCUUAUCUGUUACCAGUAGCGUUGUCACUAUUUCUUGCCCAAUUCCUGAGCAUUGAGCCAGAGAUGAAAUGAAGAAAUUUAAAUGAGUGGGAAUUUCCCUUUUGGACGACAGGAAUUCAGCUUGGUCACUUUCAUUGUCAGCAUGUUAUAAAGAAUAAGCCCCAAAGAUUUAAAUCUCCUUAGGAACAAUAGGCAUUCAACAAAGGUUAUAUUAGCAAAGGCAUUGUGGUGUUUGGCCAUAUGGUCAAUACACAGAUUUUAAAUUUUGAGAAAAUAUCAAACCUAGAGGUUCUUAAAGCUCAUUGUGGUGAAACUCCCACAAUUGCAGAAAUCUAGAGCACGACAACUCUAACAAAAACGAAUCUAGUCCUUAACUCAGAUAUAGCACCAAGUGCAUUAGGGGAGAAAGGAAAAGUGCAAUCAAGAUCCUAAGGAGCUCUUUGCUUGCAUUUAGAUUUUCUAAGAAGGAACUACUGCCUCUGUUAUUCUUGAAUGAGGAAUUAGAUAAGUGUAAGUCCAUUAGACAUAUAUUAUUGAACCUUAAAGGAUUAAAGUGUAAUUUAUGGGAAGUUAACAAAGAAUGUCAUGUCUUCCCUAGCAAUUCCAUUGCCUUCUAAAGUCAGUUGCCACCAUGCCUCCUUAAUACAUAAACAAAACCAUAUUGAUGGCCACUGUGGUGUAGAGUUAAGAGCGAUAGACUCGUAAUCUGGGGAACCGGGUUCGCUUCCCCGCUCCUCCACAUGCAGCUGCUGGGUGACCUUGGGCCAGUCACACUUCUUUGAAGUCUCUCAGCCCCACUCACCUCACAGAGUGUUUGUUGUGGGGGAGGAAGGGAAAGGAGAAUGUUAGCCGCUUUGAGACUCCUUCAGGUAGUGAUAAAGCGGGAUAUCAAAUCCAAACACUACUUCUUCUUCUUUGCCCAUGUCUGCCUUUGGACCUCUCCCUAGGUCUCACUUUUUUGACGGUGUGUGGGCAUAAAGGAUGUAAGCUGUGUAAUCGGGGGGGGGGGUGAGAAAGAGAGAGAGAGAGAGAGAGAGAGAGAUCUCUAAGAGUCUCAGGAGCUCUGCAAGGUAUUUGUGUCAUGCUUUGUUCUGAUUAUAACAAAGUUAUUUGUCUGCAAGUCACGCAUUUCAAAUUAGAAGUUGGAAAUUUUUGAGGUUAAAAGUGAAACUUUCAGAUAGUUAAAAGUGGCUAAAAAUAAGCAACUUCCUCUUGGCAUUUCAAAGUUUCCAGUUCAGGUUUUGUUCAUUAUCUCCAUUCUGGCUGCUGUGUCUUACCUCAUUAUUGUUUCCUAGGUGUACGUGACAGAACCUAGUGGCAUGGAGUUCACGCCAUGUCGAGUUGAAGCACGUGUGGGUGAAAUCCUGGAGCUGUCUCUGAAGAUUAAUGGCCUAAUGAAUGAAGAAGCCAGUCAGAUGGUCACCCUGAGUGACUGUUCACAUUUUGAUUUAGUUGUCGAGGUUGAGAACCAUGGUGUAUUCAUUCCACUUCAAGGUGGCUUAAAACGAAUUACUUCAUUUCAGUUUUUAAGAUAAAUAGAGGAACAAAUAUGUAAUCCACUUACUGGCAUGCUAGGAUUCCUUUAUCAAUAGCAAAUGCUUAUGAAUAACUAAGAGGUGUUAUAUAGAUCAGGGGUUGAGAGCUUAUUGCUUUCCCAGUUGUUACAAAUCCCAUCAUUCCUCACCAUUGGCUAUGCUGGAUGGGGCUGAUGGGAGUUGGAAGUCAGCAACCUCUGGAAGGAUACAGGUUCCCGGUCCACUUUUGUUUUGUUUCAUCCAUUUGUAAUAAUAAUAAAAGUUUGUAAAAACAACAACACCACAACUGGUUACGUAAUAGGGAUUGAUUGUACAGGUGGCGCCCAUUUUAGGCUUGUCCAACUGAUGUGAUCACCAACGCAUGGGUCCUUUUAGACCCAGAAGAAGGCAGAAGAGGGGUGGGGGUGGGUCAUGCUUACACGUUCUCUGUCGAUGCGCACUGGGGCAGAAAUUGGAACUCCUGCGCAAAAUGGUUACCGACCUUUCCUUCCCCCACCCUCCACCCCAAGACUUCCGCAGUGCUAGCAAUACUGUUUUGAUCUGCUGACUUUUCACUUUGCUAUUUGUAUUACUUUGUAUGUGUUCUUGUUCUUGUAAUAUUUAGAUUUUUCAGGGUGGUUUACUUAUAAAAACAACAUGAAUAAAUUUGAUUUUAAAUGUACUCAAGUAAUAUACACAUUGCACAUUUUCACUCUCCUUUGAUUUCCUUAACAGGAAAACUAAAGCCAACAUCUGACUACUGCAGUGGGGUCAGGGUAAAAGCUGAAGCCCAAGGAUAUACAGCACUUGUUGUCAGUUACACCCAUGAACAUAUCCACCUCAGUGCCAGUAUUACAAUAGCUGCCCAUCUGCCACUAAAAGUAAGCCUUUAGUUCUCCCUUUUUCCUAGUCUUCGUAGCUCUUGAUUCUUCAGUAAAUACUUACUUGCAAUACUGAGUGAUUUGAGGUGAAGUCUUAUAGGAUACAAAGGAUUUCUAUCAAAAUAAAAUAGCUUCAUUCCCGUAUGCUUGGAUCUCUGAUGCUUUCUACCUUGAAUAAUCCUUAUAAACUGUUUACGGGUUUCAGGAACUACAAAAUGUCCAACCACUUGUGGACAUGUACCCUUGAGAUGAUAAGCCUGUUUCAUUAAUGAUGCAGUAAUAGCUAGAUUGAAUUAAUCUAGAACUUUUUAGUAUGUCUCAGUGGUCCAGAGCGCUAGCUGUCGCUUGCUUAAAGCAGAUUUUUUGGGGGGAGAGGGGUGGAGACAAAGUGGGGAAAAGAAGAUUCAGAAAAGUCACUCGCAUGGAGAAAUUCCAUGUUUGUAAUGAGCUACAACUUUAGGGGGAUGGGAUUAAACCAGCACUAUGCUCUGAAAUAUUAUGCUUGUAAGCAAAGAUAGUGAGGCAAUACAGGUUUUGUUCCAAUAUUCCAUUGGUUUCUAAUGUCACUUCAUAUUCAGACAGCACCCCAAAACAACUUUAAGCUAUGCUUAAAUCAUAUGAUAAAAAAUUCCUAAACUUGCUAGAAAGUCGUUCAACAUGAGAGAUUAUUUGAUUUUUCACGGCUAAGUGUGCAUUUAGUUAGGUUAGGUUUAUUUAUACUUAGAGUUGCUGUUUUAAUUUUUAUAGUAAUUUUGGAUACAGUUUUGAGGCUUCAAUAUUUCAGGAAUUCCAAGCAGAGUAUAUAAAUCUCAUAGGUUAAACAUGAAGAUCAAUGUGAGACAACAGUAUGAUGUGCUAUUAUUAUAUUAUUUUCAGUAUUUUGUGGUUUUGUACCAAAUUCUAAUCAGGGCUAUUUUUUUUCUUCUAGACUGUUGAUCCCAUUUCUGCUGCCCUAGUAACUUUGGGCUCCUCCAGAGAUAUAAUAAUUGAAGGGGGACCCAGACCAUGGAUUCUAGAACCAUCAAAGUUCUACAGGAACAUCAGCGCUGAAGAUUCAGACAGUGUCGGUUUAUCAUUACUAGGGCCACCUACAACUAGGAAUCCUUUCCAACAUUGGGUUAGAGCAUCUUGCAGAGCCCUGGGGGACAAGUGAGUAAGACAGAUGGAGAUGAUAAAUUUUGUUGGACUUUGAGACCACAAAAAUAUAUAUUGACUGGCUAUACUUGUUCACUUGAUGUGUUGUGAGACACUUUGGGCACAGUUUUGUGGGAAAGUGGCAUACAAAUAAAUUGAAGGGGGGGAACCUGAGAGAAACAAUUUUAGCUGACAGCUAAGAUAAUAAGGCUUCAUAGAGUUGCAUUCCAUAAAGCAGGCAUGUCCAACUUCCAAGAGACUGUGAUCUACUCCCACUAUAAAUAAAAAAAAACUGGCCGUGAGCUACCCAUUGGAUUGACCAAAGCUGUUGAGCUUUUUUUUUGGGGGGGGGGGUGCCAAAGUUAAUACAGUAUAAUACAAAACUUGAAUGCAUAAAUUAGUUGCUGCUCUUUAUAUAGAUUCUGAUAAAUCUAAUAUCACUCUUGAGAACUAAGCAUUUUAAAAUUAGGUUAACAUCACAAGUGCUUUUUCACAGAACCCUUUUAUGUCACAGAAUGUGUUAAAAGCUUCAACAGCUAAGUUCAGUUGCUGAGUACAAGACCACUGCUUUUUUUUUCUGAGGGCAUUGAACAGUCAUUGGUGUUUUUUCCUCCUUAAACUAUUUUCGGAGGUUCUGCAGAUAUAAAUGGAGAACUGUAAGAAUAGAUAAGUGGCAAACUGUCUUGGGGUUAUUGGACAUCUGAACAAUUUUCAAAUAUGUCAUAAGUACAAAUAGGGGGGGAAAGAGCAAAACAAACUCACCUAAGUCUCUCAGCAGUUCAAUUUGCACUAUUUGACUCUACAGUGGUACCUCGGGUUACAUACACUUCAGGUUACAUACGCUUCAGUUUACAGACUCCGCUAACCCAGAAAUAUUGCUUCAGGUUAAUAACUUUGCUUCAGGAUGAGAACAGAAAUCGUGUGGCGGCAGUGGGAGGCCCCAUUAGCUAAAGUGGUGCUUCAGGUUAAGAACAGUUUCAGGUUAAGUACGGACCUCCGGAACGAAUUAAGUACUUAACACAAGGUACCACUGUAUUAACUUUCUUUGAGUGUGCUCAAUUUCACAAGUGUCUUAAGACUUUGAUGCACCCCAUAAAAGGAUCUGCAUUUGCAUAUUCAUUUUGAUGAAAGUCACCUACUGUCUAUUAUCAGGUACAGCCAGGUAUGUUCAUUAAAAAUAUUCAUGUUCAGGUCAUGACAAAGAGAGGAAAAAAUAUAGAACCAGCAACACUUAGAAAGUUGUUCUCAUAGUGUUCAUAUAAUCUACAAUGACUUGAAAUGUGCUGUCAGUUGAUAUUCUUAUAGGGUAAGAAUAUUGCUUUUGUCAGGAAAGAAAAUGAAAAAGCCUUGAGCAUUAAGAAAUAAACUAACAACUCUUAAACUAGCCUUUGGUAUAUGUACGUACCAGUUACUUUGUACUUUCCUUUUCCUUGAAGAAAGAAAGCUCUGCCAUCUGUUUCAAAAUCUUAAAAGCUUGAUUUUUGUUUUGCAGUGUUAAACUUGGUAUGAUAGCAAUAAUCAGUGAGAAGUUGUGCUUUGAUAAUGGGCUGGAACUGUGUAUGAAAAUAAAUGUCAAAAUGAUACAUCUUUAUCUGUCAGGAGUGCAGGUUAUUACUGGAACAUAAACUCAUGUUGGCUUAAUAUUUCUUGCAAGAGAGAGAGAGCGCGAGAGAGAGAAGUGAGUUUGCUUUAGAUUGUGUGACAACAAAAUGCCUUCCUAACACAGCAUUCAUAUUUUCUUUUCAUUCAUUUUCUCAUUUUUGUGCAGGUAAUUUCCUUAGUAAUUGGAAACAAGCCCACGGUUACUAACCCCUUUCCAGCUGCUGAACCUGCUGUUCUGACGCUGAUCUGUGCCAGCCCCUCCCGAUUCACUUUGGCACCUUUAUAUGCAGAACCUGAGAUUGGUCUCUCCUGUCCUUUUCUUCAUCAGAACAAGCAAGGGGUAAGAAUGAUAGUAAAAUACCUAUCUUUAACUAGUAUUUAAGUACCCUUUAGACAUUUAAGAAAGGACAUAGGAGCUGUUUUUCUAUGGCCUCAUCCCAACAUGCUGCUUAAAUGUUUAAAUUCCUGCUAGCACACAGCUGGGGCUAAUCAUGUAGGCAACCUUUCAACACGCUUGAGAGACGACAGUUUCCCCUGUUUUUUCAUAGAAAUCUUCAAACAUGUAUUCAGCUGAAAAAUAUGAUCGUUGCAUUACAAUACACCAUGGCUUGUCUUUCAAUUCUACACAAUUCCAAGGAUAAUUUUUCCUGUUUAUAAACAAAAUGAUUUCUCUUCCAGGUCCCUGUCUCGAAAUAUCGCAAUCCAGUAUUGGAGAUGGAGGUUUAUGAUCAACAGGGACGUAAAUUUGACAAUUUUAGUUCCCUUAAUAUUAUCUGGGAAUCAACAAAAUAUUCACUGGCCAGCAUAGAAGCCGAUAUGCCAAUGGAGCUGUUUUCGAAAAAUCAUGGAAAUGGUCAGAACAAAAUGCAUGGUACGACUCCAGGACAUUAUGUAUCAUUUGUUUGUGUAAACUGGUUGAACUUGGUGGCAUUAGUGCUAGAUCAAAACACUUUGCUUUCUGUAGGGUGUUUUUUUCCUUCUUGGAAUGGGUCUGAUUCUUUCUUUUUGUUCACACUUUGAUGAGAAAAAUGCUAUUUUAAAAAGUCCUGUUUUAAAGAUACAAUGAAAUGAGGGAAAGAAGGUCAGUUACCUCCAUGCUUCUGUAUACUGAUGCUUAACCAGGUAGUAAAUGCUCCUUUUCCACUUUUGUCUUUCUUUUUUCCUUAGGAUUGCAAACUGUUUUAGUUCACAAUAAACCUGGAGCAGUGACUAUAUCUGCCACUGCGGCUGGAUAUCAACAUCUUCAUCUUGCUGCUGCAGAAGUGAAUAAACCGGUAAUGCAGUUUUAUUCCAGCUUUUCCUACUCUGCCCUAAUGAGGUAUAUUUGCUAUAGCCAGGUUUUUUUUUAGUGCAUUUAUAUAGCAUUUUAGUAGUUUUAAAAUAUAUUCAUCAUAAUGCAGACAGUUAUGGGCCUGACAGAGCCACUUAAAUACAUUUUCCCAGCACCAGAAGUGCCAUUGCUCCCCUUUUUCUUUUAGUACUAUAAUCAAAUACUAUGGAGUUCUGCAUUUGUAGACCUGAUUUGAUAACUGAUUCUGCCUUGAUGCAGAGCAUCGAAGUCACUUAUUACAGCUGCAGCUCUAAAUGCCUCAUCAUAUGUCCCACAUGCUUUACUAAUGCCUGGCUUGCACCCUAAUCAUCCUCUUCUAGAUUAAGGGAGCAUCCAUUGUCAGCAUCACUACAUAGUACCAAGUAAUCUCUAAGAUCAUACGGUAUUAAGUUCCAUCUCACAAAGAGUGGGAGUUAGGAGAUUUGAUUGAGAAUGUAGAGCUAAUGUGAGGAAUUAAUGAAGUCUAAUUUUACUUCAGAUCUCAAGUGGAAAACACAAUUAGAUGCCAUUUCAAGGUAUACCACUGAACCAUGAGCUGAAGAAUAGACUUAUUUUGCCGAGGCUCACCAAAAUACAUUGGCAUGUUAUGCCAAGAUAGAGAAAUACAGGAAUGAUGAACUGGUUACUAGGCAGUAGUGACAGACAGGGUGGCAUUUCUUACGGGGCAUCCCAUCUUGGAGGUGAAUGCCAGUAACCAAGAGGGUGAGGUGAUAGGACGUUGGCACUGGGCAGGUGCAGCAGCAGAGCCAAUGAGAUGCUCCUGCAGCUGUGCCUGUACUGUGCUGACUUAAAGCCAAGUAAGCAAUGCUGUCAGGUCCAGACACUACCUGCUUCUGGGAAGCAGUCUUUCACAAUCUAUUUAACUAUAAUAAAACUCUGCAUAUUCAUUUAUUAAUUAAAUAUUGUGUAUGCCACCAUUUCUAUACUGCAAUAUCAGUACAGUCAUACCGCGGGUUGAAGUAGCUUCGGGAUAAGUAUUUUUGGGUUGCGUGCUGCAGUGACCCAGAAGUAACGGGUUUCGCCACUUGCGCAUGUGCAGUCAAAAUGACGUCACGCGCAUGCGCAGAAGCGCAAACGCGGGUUGCAUUCGCUUCUGGAUGCGAACAGGGCUCCGGAACGGAUCCCGUUCGCAUCCAGAGGUACCACUGUAUAUGGUGUGCAGUGAUAAAGCAUAAUUACAAACAGUACAAAACAAAGUGUUUUUUGAAAUGACAUCAGAUCAGAAGUUUCAUGUGGCACUUUUGGGUUGCCUUCUUUAUCCCUUACAGUAUGAACCUCUUACACCUGUGUCCUCCAGCGUUGAGCUAAUACUUGUGGACGAUGUAAAAGUGAGUCCUAAAGAAGUGACUAUCUAUAAUCACCAGGCUGUCAAAGUAAGGCAUUCCGUUUACACAUUAUUAAGCGAACUGUGCAAAAAUAUAAGCUAUGUAAAUUAUAUAAUAUGUACUUUUCUUGGCAGGCUGAACUGCUCGUAAAAGAGGGCUCUGGAUAUUUUCUUGUUAAUACCAGUGCUCUCAACAUUGCAAAAGUGACUUAUGAAGAAGCUCAAGGUGUUGCAGUGGUAAGUAGCAUAAUGCACUGUUUUUACUUUAGAGGGGAAACUCUUUAGUACACAAUGAUUUUUCUAAAGUAGAGUGGCGGGAGCCUGAAGUCAUGCUCAUUAGUUUCAAUAAAGCAGCCUUAGAAUUUCCAAUGAGAACUCCUCUACGUUAGGGAAAUUAUGGGAACAGCCUCCCAGGAACAUAUCCCAAACAAAUCUAUUUGGAAUGAAUAGGAGUUAAACAAGGCCCAGUAUUUAAUCUUAGUGGGCUUCUGCGAGAUAUAUUCCUGGUGUCCAGGACUGCAUACUGUAAACCAUUUUGAGGUUUUUUUCUUACAAUCAAGUGGACUAGAGCCCAGGAACAGGUAAAUCAAAACCUUGGAUCUUAGUGUAUUGUAUGCUUCAUACUGCCUUGAUAUAUACUUUUAUGAAAGUGCAGGUUGUAAAUACUUCAAUAAAUAAUAAAGCUGGCUGACCACUAUGAAGUUCUGGGAAAUCAGAGAACUUUUCCAUUUUACCCUGUAGUGACUAGGGCCUACCAAGACUCUUGACUGACUCUCCUCUGAGUCCUGGAUAAAUUAUUCCCUGGCUAAUUUAGACUGUGUCAUUAAAUUCAGCAAAACAAAAAACCCUUCUGUGUAUGACUUAUUUUGUCAUUUGCUGGGCAAAUGUGUAGAUAAAACAUCUCUUUCCAAAUGUAGAAAUACAAGCAUCAAAAAGCAUUCUGUAGCCAUAAUAGUAUAAAGAAUUACUUUAACAAAACAUCUUAAAACUUGGAUUAAUACAAUAAUUUCUAAUUCAGAGAUUAGUUGGAUCAGUUACUAUACCAGCUAGAUUAGCCUAGCCCCAACUGACUGUAAAUGCCUGUCUACAAGUCGCCCCUUCAUGUUGGCCUUUUCAAACUGAUUUCCUUCCUCUGCCAUUUUCCUCCACUCCCCUUUCCUUGUAUGUCUUGUCCUUUUACUUACCAAGUUGAGGGCGGGACCUUCCUCUCAUUUCUGUGUUGAUAUGAGCCACUUGGGGAGGCAAUAAAAAAACAUUGGUUGUAAUUAGUGCUAUCUCAGACUCGUUGAUUUCAGUGGGUCUACUCUUGAGUAGGACUUGCUUGGCUACAACCUGUCAAUUACAUAAAUAAAUGCAUCAGCAAAUCAGAUUUAUGCAUAUUUCAUCUGAUGCCUUUUGUAGUAGUGAAAUUAGGCUCAGCCAUUCCAGAAAGUGUCGCACUUUAGCAUGAUAUAUCUUGCUUUUCUCAAAUUUUGUCUGUAUUUUCUUUUUUAAGGUCCUUAAAAAAAGACCUCUUCCUUUCUCUUCAUGAUUUGUGUUUUGUUUUUGUGUUACUGGUGCCAGUGGGGAGAAUACAGGUCUAGAGGUUACUCUCUGCAUUAGGGUCUGUUAAUGCAAUUGCUACCUACAGGCCCUUUGCACUAACUCAGUGACAGCAGAAAGCUUAACUAUAUUUUACAGCUUUACUUGAAAGGGGUAGAUUCUCCUUUAGAGGAAAAAUGCCUUUUAAAAUAUUGGUGCAUUUCUCUUUUAUCCAGGAUAGCAGUGUUCCAUUUGUUGAUUGCUGUAAAGAAAUUCAGAACCAUUAAGAAUUGCAUUUUGUAUGUUCUCCCAUCCCACCCUUUCUGGUAUUUUAGGUAUAUCCUUUACAUCCAGGGUCACUGUCUAUAAUGAUUCAUGAUUUGUGCCUUACUUCUACUACUCUUGCCAAAGUGGAGGUGCAUGUUUCUGAUAUACAAGUACUAUCUGUUGGAGUUGUUGACAAGGUUAGUAUUCAUUUCUAUGUGAUCACUCACGUACAGGGGAAUAGCAUGUUGGUUGCACUUUUAGCUCUGCCCCCAACUUUAUGUUGGCUUCCUUUGAAGAACCACUUGCAGUGGUUUAAAAAAAGAAAGUAGGUGCUCUGGGUGAUCAUACACCUGCACACCUAGGUAUCUUGAUCCCACAGCACCCUUACCUGCAAGCAGAAGCUUGUGCAUCAAGGUUUCCUUAGAGACAACCACAACAGUAUGGGAACCAAAUCUGCCAGCCCACUCAGCAGGAGCAGCAGGAGACAAAAUGGGAAGUGCUGUCUUGCCUUGCCUGACUGCCGUUGCCACCUACAACAACCUUCUCUUGCUGCCUGCUCUGCCACCACCAUGCAUGCUGCCACAUCUGCUGGUGGCAAAGCAGCAGUGCCAUCAGCACUGAUUUCAGGCAAAAUUGUGCCAAUUUGGGGUGUGAUUUGGGGCAAGAUAUUGCCCAAAAUGGAUGCAAUCAUGUCCAAAAUUGGCACCAGUGGCAGUGGCGCUUCACCACUGAACAAAGGUGGCAAGACAUUGGCAGGUGUGUUGUCUGGGGGCUUUGCCACCUGGGCAGCAGCCUCACCCUGCCUAAUGAAUGGGCCAGCUCUACCACUCAGAAGUCAACACAGUAUUUCCCUUUACAUGCAUCUAACAUGUUAACAGAACUUACACUGUUGGCUAUAAGACAUUCUACUCAAGUGGGCUUUUGGGGGCUCAUUCAUUCAUUACAAGUGGUGACUUGUGGGCUUAAUUAGGAUAUUGUAUCUAAGCUGUCCACAGACCCUAAGGAGUCCUGAAACAGAGUAAUAGAGAGCUAGUAAAACAUACUGCCAAAGAUACUGAAGUGAGAACUCACUAGGUGGCCUUUGACAAGUCACUAUUUCUCAGCCUGCCCUGCAAUAUGAGGAUAAUAAUACUGACCUACCUAAAGUUACUGAGAUAAAGGUCUCAUUUAAAUGUGAUGCAAUAACUUAGCAUUACCUCUGAAUGAGACCAUUGUGGGCCAAGGGUUUUAACACUCUAAUGUGCUAUGUUCCCUGCCCCCAGCCACCACCCAAAAGUCAUCUCUAGCCCCAUACAAAUAUCACAAUAAUAAUAGUAGGCAAGGGUGGCUAUUCCACGUCUGAAGAGACUAUCACUUCUGAAGAGUAAAGAGAAUGACUUCCCUUCUUUUGCUACCUUGCAGUAGUCUGAUCCAGCACUGGUAGCUUAGCAACUUAUCAGUAUUAAUCAUAAAGGUGUUGACAAUCUGGGAGAAUUGCUUCAGAGAAAAUGUGAACAUCUGUAAACAAAUGCAUUGCAGGUAGAGAUUGGCAAAAAAGUUACCGCUUACGUCAGAGUGCUGGAUGCUUCCAAGAAAUACUUUCCAGCUAAAUACUUCGCCUUCAUGGACUUAAAUCUAAAGGCAGCAUCUCCAAUUAUCUCAUUAAAGUAAGUGCUAUUUUAAUUUGUGUUCACUUAUAGGCAAAAGGAACAAAAGUAAUACUGCAAGGUAUUUGCAGAGAGGCUGUACUGAGAGUAUGCAUUCACAGAAGGGACAAAUAGAAAUAUAUUAUGAUGGAUGUGAAAGAUUAUGUUAAACAUCACUGCAUGGUUUAAAGUUAUUAUUUAUAUGUUUAUAAUCUUGCUUUUCUGUUACAAAAUGUUCAAGAUGCUCAUUUUAGCAGUUUGCAAGUCAACUCACAAAAUGGAAGAACACUCUGUGGACAAAGCCUAUCUGUGCCCAUGUUAAGGAGCACUAUAAAAAGUAUCAGCAUCUUUAUUUACCAGCAGAAACUAUUCAGAGUGGGAGCAAGAUGGGCCAUGUUUGGAAGGGAGCUCCAAAACUGAAGUGCCACUGCUGAGGAAGCCCUGUCUUGCACUUCCACAGACCGGACUUACUUGGUUCUUCUGAAAAGUCUCAUUUUGGCAGUUGGGGAAAUGGCAAGGAGAACACAGUGUAUUCUCUCUAGCCCUAGUGUUCUGUAGCUGGGCUGCCAAGCUCACACAUGUGUCUCUCUGACUGUGUUCUCCUCAUGGCAGCAGCUGUAUUGCUGUGGUGAAGUGAAGGAGGUUGUGGCAGAUGGGAGGAUUGCACAGCUGCCAAAGAAGGUGGCAGAGCUGAGGAGAGGGACAGAGCAGAUGGAGUAGAGGCCACAAGCCAGAUUGAAAGACUCUCGGGACUGGGACCAACCCGGAGGCCUUCAGUUUCUCAUUCCCUUCCACUCAAGGGGCUUUACAUAUUGAUGCUGUUCCAAAUAGAUAUUUUCCGUGCCUGUUGAGCACAUUGGUAUUGGCAGUGCUACUUACUAGGAUGUCAGCGCCUCAUCCUUGACAAAAGCUACUUAAGAUUCAGUCAGCAUCUGUGCCAUUUUGUUUUUAACUUGCUGCUGUUGUAUAUUGUUCUACUUAGGAUUUCAUCAUUAGCAACAUAGAGAGAUGCAAUUCUAGACCUCGGUGCUGAAUAUUGUCUUCAUUGCUUUGUACGUGGUUUGUCCAAUUAAUGUAUUUUCUUACAUUUCAGGCCUCUCAGUGAAGCUUCUGAUGAAUACACUGCUGCUUUUCUAGUUCAUGGACUGGCCAUAGGUCAAACCAGUCUUACAGCUUUUGCCACUGACAGAUAUGGACAGAGGAUCAAUUCAGUUCCACAGCAGAUUGAAGUAAACCUUUUAACUCUUAACAGAUAAUGCUUUCUGGUUUCCUUAAUAUGAGGCUGCUUGGUUUCUCAAAGAACUACUUUGAUAUGAAUAAGAUGACUGAAAUUAAUAAUAAUAAUAAUAAUAAUAAUAAUAAUAAUAAUAAUAAAGUAUUGUUAUCAUUAAGCAAGAAUAUAAGCAUGGUGAUUCCUUCCAUGUAUUUAGCUUUCCAAAGCCAAUAAAUGCAUUAUAGUUCCCUGGGCAGUGGUAGUGGCUAACCAGUGGUGCUCCAGAUGUUGCUGAACCAUGACUCCCAUUAGCACCAACCAGCAUGGCUGAUAACAAGGGACAAUUGGAAUUGUGGUUCAGGAACAUCUGAAGGGCUACUGGUUAGCCAUCUCUGCUAUCUGUAUCUGUGUGUAGAUACAGAAAGGCCCAAAAAUGAAGGCUAGAUGGGGCUUGAUUGGGGGAGGGGAUGAAUAGUAAUAAUAGAGAAGGAUAGCAUAAAUCACAGGAAUAUGUGAUGAAGGUAAAAGCUCAUGAAACAAGCACAGAAUUUUAUGGGACCUUCAAUGAAAAUACUGACUCAUGAAAAUUAUAACAAAAUGUAAUUUGAAGGUAAGGUCAGCCAAAUAAUUAAAAAGAAGAAGAAGAGGGGAAGCCGGGCUGUAGAUCUCAUGGGCCAGAGCCACAAUAAGUGACUAAAAACUACUAAAUGGCAUUUCAGAGAUGGAAAAUGUAAGGUAAGGGUGAAGGAAGGAGGUUUAAAAUGACUUGUAUCGGAGAAGAGGAGGCCCUCAGCACCAUCUCAUUCCUCACCACAGGGAAGAGUAAAAGAGGCAUAAUUAGGAGAAUAAACCAAAUGUCCACAUAGAUGGUAAGGCAUAGAGGGAGGUGUUGCUUGUAUAGUCAUUACUGUUUUUUCCAGACAUAGUAGCUGUUAUUGAUAUAGAAGGAGGAGAGAACACAUGAAAGAAAAGGAGGACAAGAGGAGGAUUUGGAUAAGCAGAAGAACUGCAAACACUGAGAUUUAAAUGGAUAUGUAACCCUUGAAAAGUGGGCCUUUAUUAAUGCUUGCCCUUUCACUUCUAGGUCUUUCCUCCUUUUAGACUGAUGCCAAGAAAAGUCACAUUGCUCAUAGGUGCAGUGAUUCAGGUGAGUUAUUUUUAAGAUUAUUGCACUGAAUGAUGAACAAUUGUUUCUUAGUAAGCCAUCUAUAGGUCUCAUCAUCCCAGACCAUUGGCCAUACUGGUGGGGCUGCUGAGAGUGAUCAUAGAAAGAAUCUGGAGGUCACCAGAUUGGGCAAGACUGCUCUAUCCUGCCAUGAACUGUACAGUCAAUGGAGAUCAACCUCUUGAAGAGACCUCUGCAGUAAAUUAGAACUAAAAUGAGGUCCUCCUAAUAAUCUCUUCACAAGUCGCAGGCUGCAUUAUUUUCAGAUGAAACAAAUUCUGAUCUUAAGAUACAAUCCAGUACUUUUUUCCCCUUUCACCUGGCAAGCAUUUAGUGACUUUUGAAUCAUCCUUGUAAGGGAUUUUUAAAAAACAAAACAAAAACAUGUUUUGGUUAUGACUUAAGUUUUUGUUCCACUUUUGCAAGGUUCCUUGAAUCUUCACAAGGAUAUAAGCCCUGCUGUAUGUAAUUACUGUUAGUAAUUAAUUUUGUUUUUUCAACAAACACAGAUUACCUCUGAGGGAGGACCACAGCCGCAGUCCAACAUAAUAUUAUCCACCAGCAAUGCCAAUAUUGCCUCCGUCAACAGCAGUGGCCUUGUAACAGGAGUGUCAUUGGGCAACAGUACUAUAACAGGGAUGGUUCAAGCUGUUAAUGCAGACACUGGUAAAGUUGUGGUUGUAUCCCAGGUAACGUUUAGAUAUAUGCAUAUACUGUAACCUUGAGCUAGAUUUUUUAGCUUAUUUAUUCUGCAUUUUAUUCUAUAACCCAGGCUUAUACUUCCACGUUGAGUACAUUUACACAUAUAAUAGACUGUGGUCUAGACAUAUUUUUUACAUUGUGAAUAUGUCAAGUGAGCUCAGAAUCAUUGUAGUUCACCAAAAGGUCCUACUUGACAUAGCUGUUUGGAACAAUUAUCUGUUCCUUUUUUUUUUCUUUUAUACAAAGGCAGAGGCUGAUAAACAGUUCCAUUAAAAGCUAUAAAUGGAUUCUCAAAUGAAACCAGUGAAGGAAAAGUGCCCAAGAUGCAAAUAAGAAACAUGUUAUUCUUGGCAAAGCAGAGGAGACUUCCUGUCAGGAAGCAGACUGUCUUGGCUUGUACAUAGUGAUGGUUACUGAACUUUGAAUCAAGACAGCUGCAGUUCAAAUUCGUUGAAGCAAGCCCAAUUCAAUAUGGCCGUCGUUCUGCACUACCAGCUUUCCAGUUCAAAAACCUUAGAACAUAACCCCCAUUUUGAAGGAAAGUUCCCUAAGUGCAGAUGCUGGCAAAGUUAAUCUUUCCCUCAAAAAUUAUUACAUGACAGACAACAGUGGAGGAGCACUUCCAACAAUGUAGGCUUCAGACCUAAAGCUUGUUCCAAGUAUAUGCUGCAGCAGCCAGCUGGCAAAUGAAGAUAAGAUCCUGGCCAGCUCAGUGGCAGCAUCAAAAUCAAAAAGCACCCUCUUCAGGGAAGAUAGCUCAAAAACAAGCAGGGGAAAGUCCAGACCUCUAUACCCACACCGCAUUCCUUGGGACAGGUAUCUUCAACCUUUUCAAAUCCAGAACCCAUUUUUAACCCUAACAGGCAUUUAGGGACCCAUUUCUUAAUCUUUAACUACAUAUUUGUAUGAUGGGACUAGCGGGUCCCAACUCACCAACUGAAGACCAGUAGCCUAGAGCAAAUGGAACUGAUGGCUGAGACAUAUUGAAGUAAAAUAUCACACAGAGCAUAAAGAAGGGGGGGCAGCAAAAGAAAUAUAAUAAUGCAUACCUCAGUGAGAGUUCUUGUGAUUAAAUAUCACUUACAUAAAGUGCUAAUUUUUGUCUUGUAUUUAUUUUUUGAAAAUUAUUUACUGCUUUCUGCCAUCUAGGUCUAGAAGCUGCUUGCAGUGAUAAAAUAUACAAUAUACAAAAUUUAAAAGAGAAAUUAAUCCUCAAAAAUUUAAAACAUCAGUUUUAACUCAUUUACUCCUUUCUUUUCUGAAGGGGUGUACUUUUGUUCAUGUCCGUUUUCAUCUGUACCAUUCACUACUUCUUGGCCUAGAUACAUUAAUGGAGAUUUUUAAAGUCUGUGAGUAAGGACUGUAAAUGAUAUGCAUAUGGUUUUACAGGCCUUAUUUCAUUCAUCUCAAGAAUAACCCUGUAUUCUGAUAUGUAUUCUGAUAUGCAAGAUAUAUAUUCCCAUCAGCUGGAUGAAGGAAAGAGAUUGAAUGAGGGGAAUUUUAACAAGGUCAUCCAGUGAAUCUGUGGCUGUUCUAGGAUUUUAUCCAAGUCCAAAACUUGACAUAAAUGUUAUGUUACUUCCAAUUACUGAAUCCCUCUUCAAUCUCUUUGCCUGCCCAUCUUUUUGUCUCAUAAAUGUUGCUUGGUUUUACUUUAUGGUGAGCAAUAAUUAAAUUAUUGUAUAAGCCUGUGGACCUGAACCUGAUAUCCAGCCUUAAAAUGUCCUUUUAUAACAAAGAACCUGAAUCCUGUUCUGUUGAUGUAUUACUUUCCUUUCCUGGAUUCUGAUGUGUCAUUUAUGGACAAGCACUUCAUAAUAAGCUGACUUUGAUCUGUCAUUGAGUUUUUAUGGUGUCCUGAUUUAUAUAUCACAUCUGUAGUUUCAUCUCUUCUGUCAGCAUAGGCAUACCUCAGUUAAACUUAAGUUUUUCCGAGACUUUGUUUACUGUUUUUUUAACUCGGUGGGGAAGAAAAGCUUUUAAAAAUAAUGAUACAAUUCACAGCAAGAUUAUCUGAUAUUCUAUUUAAUCAUAAUUAUAUGAAAGUAGAUGUUUAUUAAAAACUUAGACCUCCUUCCUUUCUUCCAGUGGCCAGUUCAGGAUCUGGCAGGUUUUAUUUUUAAAUUGAGACAUCACAUUUCCAAACAAAAUAGAAGUGUGGAUUAUAUACUUCAAGCCUCUGCCUGCCUAAACCUGUUAGUGGAUAUAGGGAUUUUGUCAGGCUUUUGGUCAGUUGAAUGUUUUGUCUGUUGAUGUUUUCCGGAUUCCUUGCUUUUAUUUGAUGUUAAUAUCUACUUACUGUUUCCCACAUAUACUAAUUCUAUGUAUUUUUGUAUUCUCUUUUUGUUUUAUUGAUCAUGCUGUGGGUUGCCUUGAGUGCCUUAUUUAUUGCAUUCCUACAUCACAAUAAACCAUGAUUUAUUUUCAUGGCAAUGAGUCUGUGGAAGCUUUUGGGUUAUAUAUCCCUCCUCUCUCUUCGCCUGGCACAACUGCAAGGAGGGGUUUGGAAGAUUCCCCUUCUAUUUUUUAUUAACUGCCGCUUUUUGUCAUCUGAACAUGACAAACUGUAGUUAACAUAAAAUAUGCUUUGUUUGAAACAAACCAGCUUCAACCAUCGGAUUAUGAAAGUAGCUAGUUUCAACAAAGCAUAGUUAAGAUUAACUACAAUUUAGGCUUUGGGCAGAACACUAUACUAUGCUUAAUUGAAUGCUUCCAAUAUUUUAUUUAUUUAUUUAUUGGGGGGGAAAUAUCCCCUCCUUCAUCACAAAUGAUGUCCGGGUGUGAGUCACAGUCAAUAAACAAAUGCACUCAAUGAAAUCCUUCAAUAAAACAUUAAAAGCACAUAAACUUCCACUUGAGUUAACCUACUCUCUUUAAUAGGCUCAGUAUAUGAAUCCUCAUCAAAGGCCCAGCAGAAGAGAUGGGUUUUCAACUGGUGCCAGAAAAUGAGCAAUGUUGGUACCAGCCAUUCCUCAGGAUGAAGAGCAUUCCACAUCUGGGGUGGAGCCAAUGAACAGGCCCUAUCCCAUGCAAAAGUAGCCCCCUCACAGCUGCACCAGAGGGUGGGGAAGGGGAGGGGGACGCAGAAACUUCUAAGGAACUUCGCAAUGAGGAAUGAGCAUACUCACAGACCAUAGAAUGUUGACUGUUAAUUGGGGAAGGGAAGCAAAAAAGGGGAGUGUUAGCCCUUUCUCGGUACAUAUCAGUGACCACAGGAUGGGAAUGUGAGCUCCCCAUUGUGGAUGAAGGCCAAUUGCUACUUUCACUUCUUUUUGCUGCUGCUCCUAUAUCAGAUUUGAUUUCAGUGUGCCUUCACCAUUGCAGAUCUCUCUUCCAGCUCUCAUGUGCUUGUUGUGAAUCAUCUGGUUCAGGCUUGCACUUUUGUGUGUGUUUUCUUUGUGUGUUGUUUCUGGUCGAAGUUCUCUCGUCUCUUUUGUCCUGUCAGCUAUUUUGUUUUUUCUCAGACUGUUGUACUCUGACCAAAUUUGCUAGUCCUUCCAGGUAUAUUUCUGCCUGGUAUGUUGUUUGUUUGUUUGGUCUCCUGGCUAGAGCCAUGGGCAGAAAUCCCCUAGGGUAGAUAAAGACACAUGGCUAUACACACACACACACACACACACACACACACACACACACAUAUCUAUACUGGUGUGUGUGUGUGUGUGUGUGUGUGUGUGUGUGUGUGUGUGUCAAGUCUCACUUGUAACAAUAUAUUAAAGAGAAACCAUUUUCUUAUUUUGAAUCUCUUCUAUCCAAAAAGUGACAUGUCUUACCAUGCUUAUGUUUCAGGUAAAUUGCAUCCCUUGUAACAAAAUUCUGAUUCUAAAACCACAUGUUUUCUGAGCAAAGUCUUGCAACCAGCAUAGCAUACUCACCAAUAUUAUGUGCCAGCAUAAAAAAAAAAUGUAGCUAAGUCAUCUAAUAACCUCUGCAAUUUUUAGCAUUUGAGAUUAGUGUUGUUUGCUCAGAACAAGUCAAAGUUGCAGGUUUAGGAGAACUGCCUUUUCCCUAAAAGCCACCCAGUCAGCUAGCUUUACCCUCGUGGAAUAUUCUGUUGGUGUACCCUCUUAAUGACUCCCCCCCCCACUCCUUUAGGCAACUCCUUUCACCUUAAGACUCACCAAAGCCUGAAUUUAAAAUGUUCUCAGAACCACUGAAAUGCUUUUCCAUUCUUGGCUAGCCCAUGUUAGUCAGGGUUAAACUGUUAAUGGGCAUAAAAAAAUAAAUAAACAUUUUAUUCUUUUUUUAUUAUUCUGGAUGAUUUAUUGUUCUUGGUCUUGAGAUCUAGGGAUAAAGCAGCCUAGAAUGUGAAUAAAUGAAGACAGCCAGGUAUCCUAAUGGUUUCUGCACUUACCUCUUCCAAGUGGAGCAAUUCAUUCAAAAGAUACGGAAGUGAAAUGAAAAUCCACCUUUAAAGCACAAUUAAUUAAAUUAAUAUUGGACUUUGUGUCUUUCCUUUUAGGAUAAAGUGGAAGUUGAGGUAAUUCAGCUUGAAGCUGUUAGAAUUCAUGCACCCAUUACAAGAAUGAAAACUGGCACUCAGGUGAGUUGAAUGUAGACAGUUCUCGAUUUCAUUUUCUUUCAUUCGGUUAUGGUCAAAUAAAAUAGGGCCUGUUUUGACAUAAUAUAAUUGGUGACUUGAUGCAACUGAUUAUUGCUACAUAUAUCAACUUAUUCUGUGUUUGUGACCUUAGCUUUGGAAAAAUGCACUGGGUGAUUUCUUUGUUAAAAUGUGUGCUUUUCUUCCAGAUGCCAGUGUAUGUGAUGGGCAUCACCAGCAACCAAGCUCCUUUUUCAUUUGGCAAUGCAGUGCCAGGGUUAACAUUUCAUUGGUCUGUCACAAAAAGGGAUGUCCUGGAUGUGAAAACAAGAUUCAGUGAGGUAAACUUGUAAUUUAAAAUUUAAACACAGAGUGAGCUCCCCCCCCCCCCACUUGGUGUUUUUCACCCAUGGGUGCAUUUACUUUGAUCUACAUUUUCUAAUUGCUUACCUUGAAGGCAGCUACAGAAAGUUAAUUGUGUUUGUAUAUCUUCUUCCUUCAAGUCCCCCCACCCCAAUAUUUUUUCUCCUGGUGCCAGAAAUAAUGGUUGCUUGGAGUUACAGGCAUCCUUUCCUGGGUUAACCAAUUCUGCUACCUGAUUUCAGUGCCAUAUCUGUUGCUUGGAAUGCAUCUGAUGGGCACCUUCCACUUCAUAACAGUCUCCCAGUAUCAAAUGAUCACUAGGCAUCAUUCAACCUUAGAGCAAUCUCAUGGCAAGGUUUGCCUGAUGGACAGUCAUGGGCUAGGACAGGUUUUGUGUCAAAAUGGUAGCUAGAGAUCUAGCUAGAGGGUGUAGCACUGAUCUUGAUUUCACUGUGGUAGGUUGCCGCUUUCAGAUGGCUCUUGAGUGUAAAUAGCAAGAGGCUUUGUGACAUAUGAGCUGAAGGUUCUGCAUGUGUGCAGUCAUGCAGUAUCAUAAGAUUUGUAGCUCCCAUACUUUAAUGAGUAUUUAGGAACAGCACAGGAUGAGCCUUCCUGCUACUUCUGCUGCCAUCAGAACUCAUUUGGCAAGGGUUAACUGUACAGUGUGGCUUAGUCCACAUGCUACAUACUGUAGCCUGAAUAGGGACCUGUAGAUACUGGCAUGUCCUGAUACCAGUCUUCUCUGGUGCACUCUGAACAGGCCCAGCCAACAGCAGAUUCCCUUGGGGGGGGGGGGUCCUAGACCUACUGAGAAUUACGUCCUACAAUAAUUCUGAUUUUAAGUUCAGAGAAGAAAUCUAGUAGCAACCAAAGUAUACCUAAAUUUACAGGAUGGCUUCUAAUGAUAAUUCUAUUUAGCUCUGUUGUCAGAGGUGAGAUCAAGAACCUAAAGAGUUUUGAAGUAUAUUAGAACCAAUAUAUUAAAUGAAAUUCCUUCCUUACCUAGACUAAUAUUUUGUCUUUCAGGCUUCUCUUCAGCUUUCCCCCCAGUGCAACUUUGCAGUGGAUGUUUAUGGUAAAGGGAAAGGAAGAACAGGGUUGAAGCUUCUUGUCAAAGCCCUUGAUCCUUCUGCUGGGCAAUUUGGCCACAUGGUAAAAGAAUUGUCAGAUGAAAUCCAAAUACAGGUAUUAUUAUAUUGCUAUUCCUUACAGGGCCAUUCUGUUGUGCUUGGUGAAAAACAAGUGUCAGGGCCAGUUCAGUACCGCAAGGCCUGUAUGUGUGUUUCACAGUUUCACUUAUGCACAUGGUGGGGAAAUUGACAAUGGCUGCAUAAUUGGCUGUGACCAUGAGAACCCGAGUCUUGCUUGUUUUUAUGCUGUGUCUGUGAAGAUGAACUCAUAGGCAAUAUCUGGUAGAACCUCUGGAGCCAGAAGAAUGGCUGAGGAUUAGUAACUUAAGUAUCUCACAGCAUCCUGUCCCAGUCCUUAACCAGGAGAAGCACAACGCAUUACUCAAAGCAAGUGAAUAUAUGCAAAUUUGUUGACAUUUGCGUAAGCUUGUUGUUUCAGAAUCCUGCUCUUCUAGUUACAGAUUUUUUUAUAUAAAUUGCUUUCAUAGUAUAGGGUACACACAAUCCUGAAGUUAGUGCACUGUAGCAUUGGAUAAGUACAUCAGAAUUCUCAGGUCAGUUUAAAUGUAGAAUUUCAGCCAUGCAUCUCAAGGUCUUUACAUUGGUAAGAUGUGUAGUUAUAGAGAAAUAGGGCUAUGAAAGAAGCACUGGUGUCAACAAGAUCAUGAUGCAUAUCAAGAUGAACUCAACUUCUACCAGUAUUUCAGAUCUCCACAGUAUUUGGAUUUGUUUGUUUUGAAUCUGAUGUGUUUCAUGAUACCUUUUCUGGGGUUUAGCAUUUAUUUUGAUGCUCUCUGAUAGUUCAGAUAGUACAAUUAUGCUCAACAGCUGAGGCCUGUCACUUCACUCUGAACACAAUUACAACAGUGUAGGUCCCAUUGAUUUCAUUGGCUCCUAAUUUGAAUAAAGUGUGCUUAGGAUCACAGCGGAAUUAAUGAAGCUGAAAUGGCAUUUUCAUGGAGCUAAAUAAAUUGAAUUAAUUAAAGCUGGCUAAAAAGGCCAACAUACAUUUAUUAGGGUUAGUUUUUUUAAUUAUGUACAGCAGUGGUGUUCAAAUGAAUCCAGCAUGUUCAUAUUAAACUUCCAAACCACCAUAAGUAUAUAUAAUUUGGAAUAUAUUUUUUUUAAGCUGGUUCAGGCUCCUUUAAAUGUAUACACAGAUAAAGCCCUAAGUGUAAGACAUUUGAAGCUGACAUUUUUCAUCUAUAUGCUGGUCCUGAUCCAGUUAUUGCAUACAAGGAAAAACCUCCAUGACGACAUCAAAACCUGCUCUCCUCUCCCCCGUGUUCUCCUCACACUGCCCCCAAAUCUGUUCCCAGGGGAUUGGGAAACCCUCAGAGCAGAUUUGGGUGGCAAGCUGGAGUUGGAAUUCGGUUGCACUCACAAAAGUUGUUCCUUGAGUACAACAAUGGAUAUAUUAUAAGGUAUCAAUAUCAAUUGGCAGAGAGCAUCGAUACAGCUGUCUUCUGCUUUUAUAUAUCUUUGCCUAACAGUUGCACCUGCUUUUCCCAGAUACUUUAUUUUGCACUGUGUCAGCCAAUAAACCAGUCACAGAAGUAAUAGGGGGCAAAACUAUAUAUGGAAUACAGACUUCACAAAAAUAUGCCUGGGCUGCCUCUCAAUUUCAGAGAACCAUAACACUUUGAUGAUUCAAAAAACAAAGUCUACAGACAAGUCCUUAACACUUACAUUGAGUUCUUUUGUCGUAAAUGCUUUGUUUAAGAUUUGCUGCCCAAAAUGCUGUGUGCCUGAUUUCAAUGAUGUCAAUUUGUGUUCUUCCUGAUAUAAAUUUGGUUUCAGGAUGCCAUCAUUAAGCCAUAGAUAUUUAAUAAUCAUCACUUUUAAAAUGGCAUUUUUAGGUCAUCCUCAUCCUGGUGCAGGAGAAUAGUUAGUGCUCUCUUUCCGCUGGUUAAUGGCACUACAGCUAGAAACUUCAUGAGUCUGUAGAAGUCUAACAAUAUCCCUUGCUACUUAGUAUUCUGUGCUAGCAGCACUCUGGAUGAAAAUACUUUGUUUCAGAGCCUACACAUUGCAAAACAGUUGAAUGGAAUCUUAAUUUUUAAAAAGUUACAUUAUUUAACAAAUACGGAAAUAGUAGCUAUAUGCAUAGGGCUUUUAGCUAAUCCCCCUGCUUCAAGUUUGCUGGAUGGAAAUAAUCGUCAACAGAAAUUGCUGUUUAAAGUGCAGCACGGAACAUUUUAUUCUUUUCAAAUUCCUUUUGCUCUGGUGUGCUGCUCACUAUAAGAAAGAAGUUGUAGGGAGCUAAGAAUAAGAUUUGAUGAUGUGAAAUGCCUUCGUGUUUGCAGCUUCUGUUAUCCUUUAUGACGUAUCACAUGACUCUUGAGAUACAAUUGCAGCUGGAGAAUGUGUUCCUUAUGUGUGCUGGUAGAAAUGUUUUUGACUCUACUGCACACUGAAGUACACUGGAUAUCAAAUUACAGAUUAUGGCCUACAGGUGUUCAUACAAAUUUCUUAUAGGAACAGAAUAUACCAGACUGCUGCUAACCUGCCAGUCCCCUUGUUUUUUCUCCAACUUUUAAGUAACAUUAAAUGUCUGUCUGUCUGUUUGUUUUAAAAGCAAAUAUAUUUGCUAUGGAGCAGUCAUCUGCUCACAGUUUUGAAGUUGUGUCUUUGUUAGCAGAUAGGAAACAGAGAGAAUUCAUGUCAUACAUUUAGAAAGAUAAGAACAAUAAAUUGUUUGGUUCUUAUGUACCAUGAUAGUUAUACAACAUCUGCGGUAUUUAUGGUUGCAGUAGCAAUUGGGACUGGUUCCCAUUCAUUUUAGUAAAAGUACCCCACAAGUGGAAUUCUUCUCUCUCAAAUCUUAUCACCCCACAUCUUACAUCUCUCUAUUGUGAGAACUGUAAAAAAUUAGUGAGAUAGGACUUACCCUUGCAGAAAUCAUGCUGGUUCUGCUUCAGCAAGACUUGUUUUACUAUAUGCUUUGUAAUUCUAUCUUUAAUAAUGAUUUCCACUGUUUUCCCACAGCAGAUGUUAAGUCAAUUAGUCUGUAAUUUCCAGGAUCCCCCUUGGAUGUCUUUAUAAAGAUGGUGUUACAUAAGGACAAGUUACAUAUUUUUGUUAGGAGAUCAGCAGUUUCAUAUUUGACUAGUACAUGUAUCUGUUUGCUACUUUUGUAAAAGCCUGAAAAAAAAAUUUCUUCAUUUUGUAGGUAUUUGAGAAACUAGUUAUUCUGGGAGUAGAAGUAGGACAGAUCCUAAUGUCGCCAAACUCUUUUUUUAAAGUUCAGACAAACAGGUUAGUGGUUAUGUUUUUCACAUUUUGGUCUUAUAAAUGAUUUGAUAUAAUAAUAGUUUUACUAUGGAACCAAAAGCAAAAUCAUAGGGGGUGGAAAACCAGGAGGAAGCGGGGGGAAGUGUCUUGUGGCACUCUAAAGAAUGUGUUUAUUGUGGCAUAAAUUUUCAUGGACUAGAUCUCCCUUCAUAAAGGCAUCUGACAAAGUGAGCUCUAGACCAUGAAAGCCUAUUUGUUAGUCUUUAAAUUGCCAUCUCGUGGUGGUGGUAGUGUUGCAACCAACUAACAUGGUGGCCCCUCUAAAAUUUCAUAGAAUCAUAGCACUGGAAAGGACCCUGGAGGUCUAGUCCAACCCACCCACCCCCCACAGUGCAGGAAACUCAGCUAAAGCAUCAUGACGGAUGGCCAUCCAACCUCUGCUUUAAAAUAUUCAAGGAAGGAGAAUACUCCACUUCCUGAGGGAAUCUGUUCCAACUACAGCGGUACCUCGGGUUACAAACUUAAUUCAGAGGUCCAUUCGUAACCUGAAACUGUUCUUAACCUGAGGUACCGCUUUAGCUAAUGGGGACUCCUGUUGCUGCCACAUGAUUUCUGUUCUCAUCCUGAAGCAAAGUUCUUAACCUGAGGUACUAUUUCUGGGUUAGCAGAGUCUGUAACCUGAAGCGUCUGUAACCCGAGGUAGCACUGUAAGCAUGUUUUCAAAUGUUUCAUUUUAGCUUUUUUCUAGAAUUUGCUUUGUGUUUUUAUAUGUCACAUGGAGCUAAGCUCUUUCAUAGAAAGGCGACUAACAAAUGUUAAUAGCUAAAAUAAAUGAAAAUGUGUUUUUGACAGAUGACAAUCUGUUGAUAGUUCUUAUUCUAGCUUCUGAAACAAUGAACAAACUGGUUGUUUACUAUGGGUAGUUAGUAUUCAAGUACUCAUCCUUACAAGUAUUUUCAAUUCAGCUAUGUUUAGGAAAAUGUAAUUAUUUUCAAAUAUAAAAGGAAAAGUUGAUAUCCACUUUGCAGUGCAAUCCUGUACUCAGGAAAAAAAGACCCAUUGAGCUGAAUGGGGCUUUCUUCUAGGUAAGUGUGUAUAGGACUGUAAGAAGAAGCACUUGAAAUGAUGAAUUACAAAUAAUUAUGAUAUGAUUUCAAAUUACACUUCCUUAGAGAUUCACACAUACAGACAACUUAGGAUAAAUGGUCUCCCAAAGAAGUUUUAGUGUCCAGAAAUCAGUUAUUUGAUUGCAUUGUGCAUAUAUGCCUAAGGAAUAGCUAUUGAAUUAAGCCAUGCAUGUUCAAUCUAACUCAGUUGAAAUUAUUCCUUAAGGGUGCGCACAUUAACGAAUGCAUAUGCAGUAGUAGCAAAAACAAAGUCCUCCAGAUAUUGGGGAGGAACAUCUCUAAGAACUUUUGGAGUGCUUUAAUUUCAGUUUGUAUGAAAAAAAGAAAAUAAUCAGUGAAAGAAAACCAUUUCUUUCAGGACAGUAGCAUCAAUAUAGAUGAGUCAGUUUGGCAUAUUAGAACAUGAAGGGGAAAGCUGCCAUCGUUUCAAAGAAAUGGCAAAUGGCAGUUAGGCAAUCUGUCCGGAGAAGCUGUUACAAGGGGGGUGGGGGUGGGACAGUGUAGUAUGGAGUUUAUGGAGACCACAGAGAGAGAGAGAGAGAGAGAGAGAGAGAGAGAGAGAGAGAGCGAGAGAGAGAGAGAGACAUACUGUCUCUGUUUCAAAGGGCAUAAAAGGCCCAUCAUCUCCAUAGAUUUGUGCUGCCUUUGAAAAUGGACACUGAGUGAGUCUGGCUUCAUAAACGAAACAAAUCCUCCAACAUGGCCUUAUUGUGUCAUCUUUGGCUGAAUCAUCUUUGUCGCUUUGACAAGAUGAAGUUCAAGUUGAUAGGGAAGAUCUUCUAGAUGCUGUGCAUUUCUUUGGCUAUGUUAAAAAACACACAUAGUGAUUUCUAUUGAAAUGGAAGUGCUUCUUAAAGCAGAUGUCUACUGAGCAAAAAGCUCUCUUUUGUGUGAUUAAAUCCCAACAGCUUCACACUUUCUGUUUGGGGACCAGAUUAUGGUUGCUGGCAGAUAUUUUAAGAUACGUACUGGUAUUUUAUUGUAUUUGUUUAUAUAAAACACCUAUAUUUCCAGUUGAAUAAAACAGCUUGUACUGUCAUGUGCUGCAUAGAAUAUGUGUAAGUCAUAUUACUAGCCUUUGCACUAUUUUUUAUUAUUAUUAAUACAGCAAUGCCAUGGAGAGACUUUUUUAAAAUCAAUGUUGUAUACAAACAAUUUCCAGGAAGUCCUGCUUAGUCAUGUUCCUGUUGUGUAUUUUUAAUACCAGCUCUGAACCUGGCAGACUAAUCAUACUCUGAAGCCUGUUUAUAGGAAGGCAGGCAGCAUCCUGGAGUCCUGUCCAUUAGUAUUCUGAAUCAAGUUUACAUCAGUGAAUGAUGACACUGCAGGGCAGCAAACAGCAAGUGGAUUGUAAUAUAUGCAUAAGCACAGAUAAGAUGUCUUACAAGGAUGCUUGAAAUCAGAAUCUGAACCCUUGAAUCUUAGAUAAAAAUUCAACAGCAAAUCAGUGGUGUGCUGGCAUAUGGCAACAUGGUUUAUAUAAAACCAUGUUGCAAACAUUGAGGUUUGCAUUUUAAGAGUCUUAAAGUGGUUCUAUUUAUUUUUCUCUUUGUUUUAUCAAGGGACCGAGUUGCUGCUCUAAUUUACCAUGUCUUGGAUGGUCAGGAUAGAGUUCCUGUGGUGCAGAUUGAUGAGAGAGGCCUCCUUAAUUCUGGAUCCUUGAUAGGACUGUCAACAGUACAAGUAAUUUCACAAGAGCCAUUUGGAAUCAACCAGACCCUUACUGUCACUAUCAAGGUAGUGUUUUUGUGUUCUUUUCCCCCCCUGUUCUCUUCAAGGAGAUUAGAAUGGCGACUGCUAUUUGCCUCUGAUUUAAAAUUGUAAUUUCCCAUUAUUCCAGCUGGAGACAGUAAUUGUAACUUCAGCUUGGAAAGUGCAAAAGAGUAGCCAUCAAUUCUGUUUUAACAGAAUGGCUAAGCACUUGUCCUGUUCUGCAAUAAAACUUUUGACAUUGCUUAUUGGGAAAAGAUUAAAUGUAACAAUGCUGACCAAAAUUAAGAAAAUAUGGGUACACAUGACUAAUAUAUGAACCUGUUUUGCUGGACAUAGAUAUACUAAAAAAUAGUUUAUAUAUUGAAAAAUAGAUUGUAAAAAUAAAUGUGAAGCUUAAGCAACAUUUUGUAUAAGCUGCAAUAAGUAACUGUUCCCAUGCCUGUAAAAGCAUUUGUUCUUGAAAGUUGCAUAUUCCUUGUGGUUGUGGGAAGAGCAUGUGUGGGGUACUCCCUGGUCCUGAAUGGGGGUAACUAAGCCUCUAAAAGAAGAUGAAGCUGAAAUAUUCCCACUAGAAUUUAAUUAAUUAAAGGCUCAUUGUGCCUCCAUACACAUCAUUGCACUGGCCAUAACUUAUUCUGUUGUCAUUCCAUGGGCAAAGGGUAAGUCUGCUGUGUCCUUGCACACUGGCUCAUUAAAUGAGCUAGUUGCACCAAUGGCAGAAAUCCAUUUAAAGAAAUACAGACUUUUGAGACAAAAAGGCCUGCCAGGAAGUGGUUCACAGCUAAAAGAGCAUAAUAUAGCUACUUAAAACAUAAAAAGAGAUAUAUAUAUUUAAAAAUCAUCAACAGAUAUAAAUUGUUGUUAUUAUUUAUUUCAAAGCAGACUGGAUCAUCCAGUCCCUGUUAAAAACAGUAAAGGAUAGAACCAAGUUCACAUCCUGUGGAAGGCAGUUCCAUAGUGGUGGGGCCACUGCUUAAAAGGUGGGUCUAAUUGGUGUGACCUGUGGGAGUUAAUAAUCCAGCAACAUCUAGCAGGCGACAGGUUUCCACCCCUGCUUCAAAGAGCACAGGCAAACCUACCUCCCCACAGAAGAAUCUACCUGUCCAAAGGGGAAUCUACUGGCCACAGCUCAGAUCAAUAACCGGUGUGGAAGCAGCAGUUCACUUCUAGUUUUAAUUCGGGAAAUAUGUCUCUCAGCAUCAGAACUUUGGGAACUAUUGGCAUAGAACAAUAUUUAGAGGUAAUAGAAAGUGAGAACAAAAUACUACGUUGGAGGUGGGAAAGAGGAAGGACUAAAUGGUAAAGUUCUUUCUUUUAGAAAAAAAAUGUAUACAGUGGUACUCGGGUUAAGAACUUAAUUCGUUCUGGAGAUCUGUUCUUAACCUGAAACUGUUCUUAACCUGAGGUACCACUUUAGCUAAUGGGGCCUCCUGCGCCACUGCUGCACGAUUUCUGUUCUCAUCCUGAAGCAAAGUUCUUAACCCGACGUAAUAUUUCUGGGUUAGCGGAGUCUGUAACCUGAAGCGUAUGUAACCUGAGGUACCACUGUAGUAGUUUCAGACUUGUCAAGAGAGUUAAAUGUAAAAUCAACUUGAAUGCAUGCUUGAAAGGGAAUGGUUGGACUUGGCUUGAAGCUAGCAGCAUUUUAGAGGCAGCAAGACAUGGCUUAAAAUAUUGGUGUAUACAGCUCUCUCUGCUAUUAUUGGAUAUUACAAACCAAACAACUAUGAUAUAUAUCCUUUGCCCCAGAUAGCUAGUAAAACACCAUUUUAGAGUACGUGUACAUUUUGUAGUAAAAUGUAAAACUAUCAGAGCCUCUUCAGGAAGAAAAAAGAGAAAGGCCUUUCUUUGCUACAAGGUAAACUAAGAGGAAGGGUUUCUCAUAGGUGUGUGAGGGUGUUUCUUUGUUUCCUUCAUUUAUUUUCCAGAGCAGUAUCAAAGAAAAUCUUCUUUUUUCCCUUUCUCUCUUCUUGAAAGCUAACCUAAAUAAGUCAGGCAGGUUUGCCUUCAUUAAUUAAUAACAAAAAUGCAGUCUCAUAAUAAAUCCUUUGUAAAUCCAUUGACUUGACAGGUCCUUGCAAGUUAAUACUGCUGCGUAUCUAUUUAGGCUGCAGUAUUUGCACACUUCUGGGAGUGUGCCCUGUUAAUCACACAGUGAUGCUUGCUUCUGAAUAAGCACACAUAGGAUUGUGCUUCUGAAGACCACAUGGGGUGUAUUAUGGCCUACCAGGUUCCUUACUUUCCUUUCUUUCCACCUGUUUCUGCAAUCCCACGCAAGCAGCAAAAGCAAUGAAUUAAUGAGCCCAUAGUGAGCCUUGUUCAGCUUGGUGACCACAAGUUGUACAGGCGUGUGAAAGAAGUUUGGUUGAUACCAUAUUCACUAUAGAAUUUAUUUACAAAAGGACCUGUUAAUGAUAGCAAGGUAUAUGAGUCCAUGUACAUUUAGUGGAACCUAUCCUAAUACAUUUUUAUUUUAAAUCCUUUUUAUUUUACAGCAUAUAUAUAUAUAUGUCUAAUGAGGCAUAUAAGCAUUUUUCUUCUUACCCAUGAGGUUUUGUGGAUUGCUUAAUUAGUUGGUACAUCUACAGAGCCUAAGCUUUUUUAAAAAAUAAAUCAUCAUAUUCUCAGGUUCUGUUGGAGCUUGGGGCUCUCAAGGGGAAAGUAAUAGUGAUUACCAGAACCUAUUAGAAUUAAGCCAGGCAGCUCCCAGGAAGCCUUGCUGGAUGAGCGAAGGAAGAUAAUGUUUCAACAAAGGACCAGAGUCAUCUGUCAGGGCCUUCUCUUUAAAUGGCUCUGCCCCUUUGGGACAGCUUAGGCAAUAUUUAAGGUGCACACUGUUGAUUCUGUGGUCACACACUCCUGAGUAACUGAGGAGCAGGACUGACCUGGGGAAGUCAUCCCCAGGAGUCUGGGAAUUAUGGACAAGCUACAUCAGAUGAUAUAGAAUGGUGUUGAAGCCCCCUCAUGGAGUAGGGUAACUGGGUAUCAUCCAAAUCAGGGUAAAACUGGGACCUUGGUGCACAGAAAAUGAAACACGUGACCUUUAGGAUCUUUACAUAAUGAUCUGGAUCCGAAAUUGCUCCUCCAUUCACAUAUGUAGCCUCCUAUAUACACACACCUUAUCCCACACUAAAUUUAGAAAGCUAAAACAGCUUCGGAACUCCGGUGGCAUAAUAAUAAUCCACCUUCCGUGCAGUGAGUAGGAGAUACACACAUGCACACACUCACUAUUCCACAACCCUGAAGUGUUUAUUAGGAGUGCAAUAAGGGUUAAAGAUAAAAACAUUAAAGGAUGAUGACUUAUAAGCAAUUUGGCCAGUAGGAAAAACAAUCUCAUACUCUGUUUUCCCCUAUUUCCCUAGGUGGCUCCUAUUUCCUACUUGAGAAUAUCCAUGAACCCAAUUUUCCAUACACAAAACCAUGAAGCAUUAUUGGCAUUACCACUGGGCAUGACGUUGACCUUGACCAUCUACUUCCAUGACAGCUUUGGAGAUACUUUCCAUUCACAAAAUUCUGUGCUUAGCUUUGCAGUCAACAGGUACUUGUCUAUACAAUUAGCUUAAUUUUACAGGAGAUAUAAAUAGCUGAGUAUGUGAGAUGAUUCAAGGUACUGAUACCUCAGCAACUGACGACCCCCUUGGGUUAGCUGUUUAAACAUGUUCAGUGAACAGAUAAAAGAACUGAAAAGUGUGAUUUAAAGCUAGUAUACUGGUGCAUUGAUAUGAUAUGAUCUGAACAAACCACCCGCCUGGAAAGUGAUCAAUGCACGUCUUCCAUGGAAUUACUCCAAGGCUUUGCAUGUAUAGGAAAAAGAAAGGAGACUGCCUAAAAGUUAUUUAAAUAAAAAAAUUUAAAUCUGCUCAGGCCAAAUCAGUGCCUUGAAAUCGUGUCCUUUCCUAGUUGGAUUAAAUAGUAAUCCUAAACACAUUUACUUGCCAUAAAUCCCACUUGUUCACAGAACUUUCAAGCCAUUUUACUGAGCAUCAAAUACUAGUAAUUUAUAAAGUUUGCUGAUCCUUUCAAUUGCAGCCCAGUGUCUUUGCCUGGGGUCUUAUUUUCCAGCUCCCCAACAGCUAGUGGGAGAUAUCACGUCCUCUCCCACUGGCCGUGGAGUUUGAAUAAGGCCAGCCAGUGAAUUUGGCCAAUCACAGGUGGGCCUGACGUUCGGUCCUAGGUGGGUGCACCUGACCAAGGACUCCUAUGGGAGUCUUCACUCAGGUCAGCCCCUUACACAUACAUUAAGACUGUCUAUGGACCCAACAGCUCAGUCAGAACAGGAUCUCCCACCCUGUCUACCCUUCUGCAGCAUUAGAACUCCACCCAAAGGUGCAUGAGUGUGUUGGGGGUAUGACCUUGCUAUGGAAUUAUUGGAAAUAAUCAUGACCAGGCAGUAAUUUCUCCUCCAGCUGAAUUGGGCCUGCCUAGGUUUUUUGCUUACCUCAUAGCAAUCAUCACAACAUGUGGUGGAUAAGUGAUUAGGUUGAAUCCCUAGUCAAGGGCAGAGCGGGGUGGGUAGGAAGCCUACCCCUCCGUAGAAUCAGGGUAUCCCACUAAAGGGGUCCUAGGGGAGGUUCUUUCUUCGGCCUGAACACCCAGACGGCCAUAGCAGUCUCCAAAAUGGUGCUGCUGAUGGGUUGCACCUCUCUGCUGUAUGUCAUAGGGCAAUCCUUACCCAGGAUCAACUCCAGACAAUAAUCAACUAGCAGGUGGGCUAGAUAUUUCGGGACACACCCAAUGCCUAUGUCAAAGCCUACUUACAUCAGUAAUCAAGAUGUGGCCUGUUUUGAUCUCAAAAUAUAAAACUGUGGUUAUAACUUCUGUCUACACACCCGGCCUCAGGGGCGGCAGACUCACUGUGUCUGGGCAAAUGACUCUUAUCAGUUGAAAAUGAUUAUUUAUAAGUGGCUGGUAUCUGAUACUAUGUACAUUUGCUUGGAAAUACUGCAGAAGGAACUGUGUGUUGGAGUUCAAUACCUUCCUAAUGUUUAGCUUUUGGGAAAUAUAGAUGUUAACACAACUUUCUGUAGCAUGUGAGGGAUAUGGCUAUUUUGAUCUGCUGUCUUUUGACUUCUCUUGAUUCUGGGAUAUAAUAAAAUGCUCUUAUUUCCUUGGAUACCACUUUUUAAAUUAUUCACCUCUUUUUGUCUAUAGAGAUGAUUUUGUACAGGUAGGGAAAGGAGCCUCCAACAACACGUUAAUAAUCCGAACAAUGAAUGUCGGCCUAAGUUUGCUUAAAGUAUGGGAUGCAGAAAACAGCAUUAUUGCCGAUUAUGUGCCUCUUCCUGUGCAACAUGCCAUCUACCCUGAGCUCAGAGAUAUUGUCAAAGGUGAUGUCCUGUGCUUAACUUCCUCACUGGUAAACCAAGAAGGUAAGGAAUCAGAAUAAAAAUUGACACUAACUGAGAAUUGUGACAAUAAAAUAGGGUGUAUGGCAACAUUAAAUUGCCAUGGAAACGUCAUACAGUUGUAGAUGCAGCACAUUUUCAAAACAACCAAAUACAUUAUUCAUUAUGUUGUUCCACUAUCAAAUGUCAGGCCCUAUCCCUGCUAAAGGGAUGAACCAAUUUAAUCAGCUCCUCUGCCUUUAACUAUAUCAAAUCAAUACAUCAUUUUGCUCUGACUGGUUGUCAUUUCUAUUGAUCUUUAAAGGAGUAGUAUUAUUGAAUUUUGCUAUACAUAUAUGGAAAAACUAGAGGGACCACUUUUUAUGUGAAGUAGGUCAUGAGGCAGGCAAUAAGAUUUGAAGGCACGCAUGUCAGAGAGCCAAAGUGAUGGCAGUCUGUUUUAUAUAAUUUUGAAGAAGAAGAAAAUCCAUAGAGUGAUAUACAGAUUUCAGAGGAUGGGUUAAAACUAAUAUGGUGCUGGUUUUGGCAUGAGCCUGCCAGGAUGCUGAUUAGGAGGACAGGCCACACAAUGGAUGGAUGAGAAUGUGGCCUUCUGAAAUAUGCUAAAUAAUUCCACUGUACUAGAAAAAAGGCACUUCAAAGAAAGCUAAUACGCCAUCCAUAGGCAGUUUUUAUGUAACCUAGGCUGGAUAAAGUCGGCAGACUAGUUAAGAAGCCCUGUUAAGUUUUCUAUCAGUGCCUUUUUCCUCUUGCUCUGCCUGUGUGUGUGUGUGGUUGGUGCAGUGGGAAGACCAGCUAGUUUACUCUAAACCUCUUACCUUGUUGCCUUUAGUCUUUGUUGCAAAUGCUGCUGCUUCUGUUUUGUUUUGUUUUAAAUCCUGUUUACUGUUAAUCUUCUGCUGGUUGUAUGUUACAACUUCUUUGUGAACAAUUAUAGUAGUCCCUUUGGGAGGGGGAAUCCAAUUACCCUAAAUGAAAUCAAAUGAAUAUCGCUUGGGCCUAUCAUAUCCCCACUUUUCAAAGCUGGUCCGGUUUGGAAGGCCCCUUUUUCUAUCAGUGAUGCUUUUGGCUUAUAAAUAGUGUUAUGCUCUUAGAGGCAGCUAUCACCUGGGAGUUAUUUAAACUGCUCAACAUGUAGGCUAGAGCUAUGAGACAAGCCAUUUGGGGCAGUUUUCUUCAUUGGAUCACAAACUGUGUUUUUCUCAGACGUUUGCACUUCCUUGGAAGAAAAACGAACACCCUCAGUACAUGACUAGUGUUACACCAGUUGCAGCGCCCGCAUGCCAGUGUUUCCCAGUUAUCAGUGCUUAUACUAUGGGGUUUUUUUAGAUUUGCCUUGAGAGCGUCUUUAAACCUCUUUUGUUGUCCACUGGUAUUUUGCUUUCCAUUCUUAAGUUGGGAAUAGAGUAGUUGCUUUGGAAGACAAUAAGAAGCACAAAUGCAGGGCGACAAGGAGAAACGAGCUAAGAGGAAGGCACGUUUGGCAUACCCUCACCAUGAUCAACUUCCACACGUAAACCUAUGUCCCCACUGUGGAAGGACGUGUGGAUCCAGAAUUAGCUUCCACAGUCACUUAUGGACUCACUGUUAAGACCAUGUUCAUGGAAGACAAUCUUACUCAGCUACAAGUGAUCGCCAAAGAAGAAGAAGUGUUACACCAUGUCGGUGCAAUGGAGCAAUUUUGAUCAGGACUCAUGUUGCACCCAUAAUGAGUAGAGCAGCAUUAAGCUUAACUCUGAAGGACUUCUUCACCAUUCUCUUUGUGGCCAGAUAAUCCCCCUGUCUGCUUCCUGGCUAUGUGGCAGCAGUGACUAGUGCUGUGGCUUUUGCUAAGGCAGUUGCUAUGACUGAACCGGAUGCUGAGCUUUAGGCAGGAUGUAAGACAAAAGCAGAGAGUGAAGUCAAAUGGGCCUUAGAAAGCAUUGCUAAUAACAAGGCCAGUGGAAGUGAUGAUAUUCCAGCUGAACUAUUUAAAAUUUUAAAAGAUGAUGCUGUUAAGGUGCUACACUCAAUAUGCCAGCAAAUUUGGAAAACUCAGCAGAGGCCAGAGGAUUGGAGAAGAUCAGUCUACAUCCCAAUCCCAAAGAAGGGCAGUGCCAAAGAAUGCUCCAACUACCGCACAAUUGCACUCAUUUCACACGCUAGCAAGGUUAUGCUUAAAAUUCUACAAGGAAGGCUCAAGCAGUAUGUGGACCGAGAACUCCCAGAAGUGCAAGCUGGAUUUAGAAGAGGCAGAGGAACCAGAGACCAAAUUGCAAACAUGCGCUGGAUUAUGGAGAAAGCUUGAGAGUUCCAGAAAGACAUCUACUUCUGCUUCAUUGACUAUGCAAAAGCCUUUGACUGUGUCGACCACAGCAAACUAUGGCAAGUUCUUAAAGAAAUGGGAGUGCCUGAUCACCUCAUCUGUCUCCUGAGAAAUCUCUAUGUGGGACAAGAAGCUACAGUUAGAACUGGAUAUGGAACAACUGAUUGGUUCAAAAUUGGGAAAGGAGUACGGCAAGGCUGUAUAUUGUCCCCCUGCUUAUUUAACUUAUAUGCAGAAUUCAUCAUGCGAAAGGCUGGGCUGGAUGAAUCCCAAGCCAGAAUUAAGAUCGCCGGAAGAAAUAUCAACAACCUCAGAUAUGCAGAUGACACAACAUUGAUGGCAGAAAGUGAGGAGGAAUUAAAGAACCUUUUAAUGAGGGUGAAAGAGGAGAGCGCAAAAUAUGGUUUGAAGCUCAACAUCAAAAAAAACGAAGAUCAUGGCCACUGGGCCCAUCACCUCCUGGCAAAUAGAAGGGGAAGAAAUGGAGGCAGUGAGAGAUUUUACUUUCCUGGACUCCAUGAUCACUGCAGAUGGUGACAGCAGUCACGAAAUUAAAAGACGCCUGCUCCUUGGGAGAAAGGCGAUGGUAAACCUAGACAGCAUCUUAAAAAGUAGAGACAUCACCUUACCAACAAAGGUCCGUAUAGUUAAAGCCAUGGUUUUCCCAGUAGUGAUGUAUGGAAGUGAGAGCUGGACCAUAAAGAAGGCUGAUCGCCGAAGAAUUGAUGCUUUUGAAUUAUGGUGCUGGAGGAGACUCUUGAGAGUCCCAUGGACUGCAAGAAGAUCAAACGUAUCCAUUCUGAAGGAAAUCAGCCCUGAGUGCUCACUGGAAGGACAGAUCCAGAAGCUGAGGCUCCAAUACUAUCGCCACCUCAUGAGAAGAGAAGACUCCUGGAAAAGACCCUGAUGCUGGGAAAGAUGGAGGGCACAAGGAGAAGGGGACGACAGAGGACGAGAUGGUUGGACAGUGUUCUCGAAGCUACAAACUUGAGUCUGACCAAAUUGCGGGAGGCAGUGGAAGACAGGAGUGCCUGGCGUACUCUGGUCCAGGGGGUCACAAAGAGUCGGACACGACUAAACGACUAAACAACAACAAAGACAAAAGCAGAAAUCCUAGCAGGGUAGAUGUAGCUCUUUUGCAGGCUGCUGCAAAAGAUGAACAAAUGCACCAGGCCAGACCUUCCCGUGUUUUUCCUUGAAAAUUAUUAUUCCUCACUAGAUGGGUGUCUGCCCCUGUUUUCAAAAAAAGGUGAUUACACACUCUGUAUGCAUGCACACAUUUUUCUUCAGUUUUUAUCAGCCAUGGCACAUUUAAGAUUUAAUUUUCAGAAUCAGCAUCAAGCUCCAUGUUACAUGCAAUAGGUGUUCUUCUUGAGUAAGACUAGUGAAAUAACGUGAUGUAGCAAUAGUUAAUCUGAUUAUAUAUUUUUCACAGGUUUGGCAGGAACAUGGAGUUCUUCUUCAAAUAGUAUUCUUCAGAUUGAUCCAAAGACAGGAGUAGCAGUAGCGAGGAAUUCUGGAACUGUUACAAUAUAUUAUGAGGUCCAUGGAUUGCUUAAGACCUACCGGGAGGUGAGACACUUCUGAAUUUCAUUUGUCAUGUUGCUCUGGGUGGAGACUUCCUGUGACUACGUAAAAGGAAGCAUCUGCAGCAUCUGAGUGUCCUUUUCUCAUCCGCUGUCUCCACAUACCAAAUUGCUUGGUAAACUUCUUCAAGUUUAAAAAGCGUCUUUGAGAUUUGAUCUGCAAACCGUUUAAAGGAAAUGCCAUGUUUUCAACAGUUCUGUGCACCAAGCUGCAUUUUAAAUUUUAGGAGAGUUGCUGAGAGGAAAACCUCUAAUAAAAUGCUUGUGGAUAUCCCAUCUAGUCGUCAUCCAUGUCAAAAGCAGCCAUGUCACCUAAGGAUACGUUUGCAUCCGUCUGUUAUUCUUAUAUGACAAGUUUUGUCUGUGCCUGGCUAAAAUGCUUCUAAAUUCCAAAUAGCUUUGACAUAUUAGUAUUCUAUACUUGACUAAGUGGUAUGGGUGAAUUAAACCACUGGUGAGAUUAAGCUAUACUGCAAUUUUGCUCUGAAAAUGCUCUGUCUUCCAAGUACUGUGGGCAGGAUUCUCCCAACGAGCCCUGCCAGUGGAAGUUCUGCACAAGGACUUCUGCUUGUACAAUGGGGCUUUCUUCCUGCCUCCCUCCACAUGCUCCCCAAAAUUGGCUUGGUGUGGGGUUCAGAGAAUCCCGAGAACAGCACAUGGGGGAGGAAAGGUGGAGUUGCUUGCACAGACAGAACGUUCGUCAUUUAAUUCAACUCUGCAUAGCCGGAUCUUUAUGCACAGACGUAGGUUUUUUGUGGCUCAAUGGGAAUUGCAUCCACAUAAAUAAGUGAUAGUAUGAUCUCUUAUUUUUCCUUCAAGGUGUCGAUUAAUGUACCUCAAAAGAUUGUGGCAACACAUGGAAGUGGAAUGAAAACAAGUUUGCAGGGCACUUUAACUUCGAAAGUUGUGGUUAAAAUUGGGCAUGGAAGCAAAAAUCUGAAAGGUACCAUAUUUAUUAACUUUAUGUUUGAGUGUGAAAACGUGGACCAAACAGACAAGCUUUUCUAUGUAACAUUAAUUUUAUGUAUAAAUACAUAAUACACCAUUUAUUAUCUCUGUGUACAGCUUGUUGAGCUUCAUUAUGGGAAGGCAUCUAAAUAAUUAUUUUAGGGCAUAUGUAAUUUUUCACUUAGCUGAAUUAAUGAUGUUCAAUAUGUUUUAGUGGAGCACAUACCUUUCAUGGAAAAACAGCAAAGUUUCAGCCUCAACACAGACGUAUAUUUCAUACAUGCCCCAUAAUCCCCCUUAGGGUCCUUUAAAUGAAGUAACCCAUUUUGAAAGCUUUACUGGGAAGCAGAAUAUGACGUUAAUAAAUCAAUAAACUGGGUGCUGCUGCACUUAAGCUAGUUUGGGUGGAAGCCCACCUUGCGUGAUCCUUUCCUCUCGUUAAAGAACAGGAGAAGAAAAUAAGAAUCAUGAUUGUACACCCAUGCUUACGUGCAGAUAUCCUGGCUCAAUUAUGCCUUUAUAUGAUCAGCAGAGGGGAAUACAAUCAUCUACUCCUUUCACCAAGAGUGACAAUUUUUGAAUGAGUGCAUUUGACCAACCAUCUGCCAAACUUGUGAUCGUUCAAAACUUUGAUCUUUAUUCCUUUUGAAGAACUUAAUUUAGAGUUUGGGAGGGUGUUCUGAGAACAUAUACCUCUAAAAUUACUUAGAAGUAUUUCAGAUGGGUGCAUGUUGAAAGCAUAAAUAGUAAUUUCUGUGCCAUUUAACACACGUUUAACAAUGCAAUGCUGAGUACUCAGUACUUUCUGAUAUAUUGAAUACAUGUCCAAGGGAACUAGUGCUUCAUUUCAAUCCAAUAAUAAAUGACACAAUUUAUCUUCUUGACAACCUCUGGAAAACACAUUAGUGAGACUUCCAUAGUAUACCAGGCCUGCUGGUUACAAGGCCUUGAUCCAAAGUUUAAAUGAAGUGAAAUUACCUGUGGCUUAAUAUGACCUAUCACCUGACAACACUUUAUACCUCAUUCACUCUCAAUAAUUAUUGUUGUAAAGCUGUCGGUGUUAAAUGCUUUCAUGUCGUAGGUGAGAGAAGGCAGCUGUAUAAGUCUUCCUGCUCUAGUAAAUGUCUCUUGCUGUAUAUGCUUAAUGGUAUAAAGAAGAUUACAGAUGAAGAUUAAAUUUCUUACUACCAGGUUCUGCUAUUUCUUUUUAAAAAUGUUUGUUUUUCUUCUAUUUUAAUUCUUUUACACAAUUUUCCUUAGGAGAAUGUUCACCCGCCCAGAUUGAAGUAAUUGAAGAAAUGAGGCCCCAGUCUAGUAUCAAUUGCCAACUUCAUUUCAACAAUGAUAUAUUUGAUUUUCCAGCCUCUGAAAUUUUUGCAGCAGAACCUGGGUUUGAUGUAGAUUCAGGUAAGACAAAAAGAAGCCCCAAAUCAUACCAACCACUCUCCAGUCCGUCGUGCAUGCUAUGGUACUAUAUUUAUCCUGUUAAGAUAAUACUGAGUAAUGAGUUGAGGGAGCAAAAAUAAUAAUCCAGUACAUAAGUAAUAAAGUAAUAAUGAGCAACAUGGGAAUAUAGAGAUACAAAUGUGCCAAACAAGUUUAAUGAUGAUUGGCUAGAACUGCAGUGUUAAAUGAAGACAACACAGCAGGUGAUAGCAAGCUGCUUUUCAGUGUUUGCAGACACCCUUGUUUCUCAGUGCUUCAAAACAGUGCAAAACAUUGGACCUGAAAAGCUCUUUGCUCAUGUCAAUUUCAGUUUGCAAGCACAGAACACUGUCUCUUAUGUCAACUCAACAUAUGACGUUGACUGUGGUGUCUUCAUGCUAAGGUUGCCCUAUUGACAUUGAGCCUCUGAAUAAACAUGCUUAGGACUGGAGUGCAAAACACUCAACAGUAACACAGUGUAGAAAACUACAGUGGUACCUCGAGUUACAGACGCUUCAGGUUACAGACUCCACUAAUGUGGAAGUAGUACCCCGGGUUAAGAACUUUGCUUCAGGAUGAGAACAGAAAUUGCGUGGUGGCGCAGCAGCAGUGGGAGGCCCCAUUAGCUAAAGUGGUACCUACCUCAGGUUAAGUACAGUUUCAGGUUAAGAACGGACCUCCAGAACAAAUUAAGUUCUUAACCCAAGGUACCAGUGUACACUGAGGGGGAACAAGCUAUUAUUAUUCAAAUUGUUCUUGGUUCUUUAGGACAUUAUACUUGUUCCAUCACAAUGCACAGACUUGCGGACAAGCAGCUAAAACAACUGAGUAUGAGCAAAACGGCUGUUGUUGUAACAGCUUCAGUCCAAAGCAGCCAUUUCUCAGAGUGGAUCAGUGCCGAAGUGCCAUUUAAUCCGGGAUUUUAUGCUAAUCAGACUGAAAUUGCCUUGAAUAAUCAUUACACAAGUUCUGAUGUGAAGAUAUUUGGAGCCACUGAAAUUCUUGAAAAUCUUGUGGUAAGUCAUGACCAGUAUUUUCAAUUUGUUAAUGUCGUGUUUCCAUGAGCCAAUGUGGAUACCAUGCACAGCAGUCCAAUAAACAGCAACAUUUGAGCUGCAAUGAAAAAUUCAAAGCAAAUUGGAUUUCAGGCAGUAACAGAAAUUUGGGGUGUAAAGACAAUAUCCAUCAUAUUGUCAAUCUUUGUAUGAAAAGUUAAAAAUAAGUUUAAAACAGGUACUUUAAGAUGUAUUUUAUUCACUGAAAGAGACCACUGAAAGGAAGUCAAAGGAGGCACAAACUUAGAUCAGCUUGGGCUUUUUUCUGUGCACUACACUAUUCUGCACAUAUAUUUCACAUAGUUACUGUUUUGAUUUCCUGUAAUUAGGUGGGUGUUAUCUAGGCCACCCAGUGCAAAUUCUCCUUUAAUUAGUUACAUUAGUAAGCUAAUAAAAUUAGAAGUCAAAUUAAUUGAAGUUCAUCUUUAUGUGAAUAUACCCAAGGGUGUGAAGUAGAAUUUAAGCAGUCAUUAAAGGAAACAAAUACUCAUAUUGGUAUUCAGCUUCAUAAGUUGAGUGGGGGGGAAUACCAUUUGCAUUUUAGCUACCCUAUUUUUAAUACAGAAAGGUAGAGUUGGCAAGGGACUUGAACAAAUGAAGACCAAAAAUGAUUUAUGAUACCAUAACACACCUUUGGGAAUAUCAGGAGAGAGAGAAUAAUGUUCUACAUAGUACUCUGCUGCAGAUGUUAAACUAUAAUCCACAGAGGCACCAUUAGAAAGAGAUACAAGAAAUGCAUAGCUGACGUGACUUGGAGAAAAGACUGUCCAGCUUGGUAUGGCAGGUCGUCUUGGGCAGAGGGUGUCUAUCAAGCAGCUAGAGAGCAUCUGUGAGAGCUCACUCUUCCAGGGGAAGGGUUCUCUUUAACGGACAAGUGUUAUCAGAAGAGGGAAAGAAAAGAACAUUUUUAAAAAAUCGAAUAGCUCUGUCUUGGUUGUGCAUCUGACACAGGACUCAAGUGGCUCAAAGACAAAUUAAGAGAGGGGAUACGAUCCCGCAGUACAAUUUUUCUCUAUCUCUGAGUGUUGUCAAUAAAUAAUACGUGUUUAUCUUGCAGGUGAAAUCUGGCUCGCCUCUGGUGGUGGCCUUUGAGAAGGAAAGGUCCUAUGGCUUGCCUAGUUAUGUAACAUAUACUGUCAGCUUAUCAGAUCCAAGACUUGCAAGCAAAGGGUCUCUGUCUACUACACUUACCAUAUCCAGCACAGGGACUGACCAAUCUAUCACAAUCCCAGUGACAAUGUUUUAUGUAUCUGACAGACCCUUAACAGUGAGACGUAAGUUUCUCAUUCUAUAUCUACACCUUCCAUUGUAGUAGUCCCUUUUAAAAAAAUAUUAAAUGUGCUAUUGUAAACGUCAGCGUUUUUAGUGCUGGAUUGGCAUAAGUUUUAGCUCCAAAGCUAUAUGUAGGCAAAUGUGGUAGUGUUGCAUUGCUAGAACAUAGAUUUUAUUGCAUAAAGAUUUUUCCUAAUUUGAAAAAGUUCAGAAAAUCAGUGCCAGUUUGGUAUUAAAUGCCUCUGUGUUCACCAACAUCCCAGAACCUUUCCUUUCUAUGGCAGGUCUUCGUGCUUCCAAAAAGCUCAUACAAAAGGGAAGGAAUCCAGAGAGUGGCAUCAGAUCUAUGGCUUUAGUUGAAAGAGCAACCUGGGAAAGCACCAGUUUGUGCAUAAUUAUGUUUGGGUGCAUGCAUGGGAAUUUUUGCUGUUUACUCACCAUUGAUCUCUCAGGAAGCACAGCAUCAUACUCUUAACUGAUAAUUCUUUAAAGCUAUAUUUUAAGGAUAAUGGUAUAACAUUUUCAGGGGCUCUGGAAAGCAAUUAAUAUUGACAUUUAAAUAUAUUUUUGAACUAUCACAGGCAUGCACAUUCCAAAUGUUACUUUGAAAUAAUAAAAUACUGUUAUUUAAAUAGAUAGCAUAAUUGGAUUCAAACCACUUUAGGGUUUUAGGUCUAUUUAUAACAUGGAUACCCAUAUAUCUUCUUUUCAAUAUGAUCCUCAGAUGAACCAAGCUUAUUCCAACACUUCCUUGAUUCCUAUCAAGCCAUGUUUUUCACACUUUUUGCACUACUAGCAGGGAUGGCUGUUACAGUAAUAGGUAAGUGUCAGGGAUUCUGAAGCAUUCCUCCCCCCGCUUUAAUUUUUUCAAAGUUUAUGUGAUUUCAAAUUAAUUUCUGCCAAUUUGUUCUGCCAUGUCUUUCAGUGCACUAUGCUAUUUUCUCACCAAAGGAACAGCUCACUCACCCAGCUUUUCUCCCAAGGACGAGUCCUGAGCAUAGACAACGUAAGCAGAUCUUAAACCAUUUUAAAUUGAAAUAAACUUUUCUCGCUUAAACUACUGCAUAAACAUUGCAGCAAGGGAGAGUCUUCCCCUCAGAGUAGACUGCCUGAGCCAAGUGGCAUAACUGUACUUUGCAGGAUACUGAAACUUGCCAAUUUUGACUCUUAUCAUCCCACACAGGAUUUUUAUUUAAUUGUGGCUCCUCUGAGCCAAUGGGAAGACUAAUUUUAGUUCCAUGCUUAUGAAAGGAAACUACAAGAAGAGCUGCAAUACUAAAUCAAAUCCUCUCUUCUUCUUAAAAUGGCACAACUUUCAAAGAAAGUCAAUCAACUCGUGAUAAACCCCAAAGAGAUGUUUUGCCCUUCUUUUUUUCUUAUAUAGCAGGAUGGGGAACUUGUGGCUGUGGGUAUUUUUGGAUUCCAACUCCCAUCAGCAUAGCAUUUGGUCAGGGAUGAUGGAAGUUGGAGCCCAACAGUGUCUGGAGGGUCAAAGGUUGCCCCUUCCUGUUGCAGUGGUUCUCAUUCACAGAAGACAACAUUUGGAAAUGGGAAAAGAAAGUUUUCAUUUUCACUAAAUCCGUGGACUUUCUUCAGCUGCUAUCUGUAUAGUGAAAAGCAGCCCCAGAGGCUGCAGUUGGGAGCAGAAUAGGAUGGAGGAAAAGUGUUGUUGAUCCCUUUCCCCACCCACCAUUUGUAGGUCCCCAGCUGCUUUUCUGCCUAUUGUCAGCUUAAGGCUAGUUCUCAAUGACCUGAUAAAAUGUGGCUGAGCUUUCCUACUUCAGAUUGUCUACACAUGUUCUUCCAUAGAAAACAACUUCCCUCACCAUGGAAACCUGGGCAAGGACUCUAAUCUAGCCUUUACCUGACGUGCUAAUGUUCUGUAUGGAGGAGUGUUGCUGGGGUUUUUUGUGGAGGAGUUUUCAGUCAUGCGAGACCCCAUCUGCAAUCUGAAGUGUUAUUUGUGAGAAAUAGGUCUUAGCUGGUAGAACACCUAUUCAGAAUAGUUGGUUGACGUGGCAUUUUGCCUGAUUGGUUCUCAAGAUUGUUAUUUAAUGUUCAGUCUUACAAUGUUACAUCCUGCCAGUAGUUCAAGGAAGAUGUCCCUCAAGCUAUCUCACAUUAUAUUAAGGGAAUUAUUUUCAAAAGUCAUAAUGCAGUGGAACCUUGGUUCUUAAAUGGCUUAGUUGACGAACAAAUUGGCUCUCGAAUGCCAAAAACCUGGAAGUAAGUGUUCCAGUUUUCGAACAUUUUUUGAAAGCCAAACAUCCGAUGCAGUUGUUGGCUAUUGUUUCCAGGGUGCCUGCACCAAUUGGAAGCCGCUCCUUAGUUUUCGAAUGUUUCAGAAGUUGAACUGACUCUGGAACGGAUUAUGUUUGAGAACCAAGGUACCACUGUAUUUGAAACAAAAUCUACACAGCAGUAAGACAAUAACAGCAAAUGCUGAUAAUCUUGCAUUCCUCCUUUAGAGAUGAUUUUAAAUGAAUAAUGGAUACUUUUUAAAAAAGUAAUACUCAAUUUUUGUGUUUUGUGGCAUUAAAACCAUGCUGGCUACAUAUGACACUGAAGACCACAAUGACCUCUGGCAAUAACUUUCAAAAUGCCCCCCACCUCCACUGUCUCCCAGUGUCCAAUUUACUGAAUUGAAAAUUGCUUGAUAAAAGUUUCAUAUAUAAAGGGUAGGAUUCAGCUAAGUUGUUGUGUGCACCUAAUGAAGUUCAUGUGUGCAAUGGGAUGUCUCCCACUUCUCCUUCCCCCGCAACACCACCCAAAAAAAAUCUGCUCCGGGGGAUUGUGGGAACUCUGAGAACAAGUUUAGGGGGCACGUGGUAGGCGGAGAAAAGGGGGGAAGUCUGUGUAAGCAGACCUCGUUCUGUGCAAGCAUACCGCACUUAGCACUACAUCAGCAGGUGUUCGUUCAUAAAAGAUUCAUAUCAUAAGACCUGCAGAGAUUAUAGGGUUGGGAUGCGGGUGGCACUGUGGGUUAAACCACUCUGGGAAUUGUAGCUGUGGCGCUGUGGGUUAAACCACAGAGCCUAGGACUUGCCAGUCAGAAGGUCGGCGGUUCGAAUCCCCGCGAUGGGGUGAGCUCCUAUUGCUCGGUCCCUGCUCCUGCCAACCUAGCAGUUCGAAAGCACAUCAAAGUGCAAGUAGAUAAAUAGGUACCACUCCAGCAGGAAGGUAAAUGGUGUUUCCGUGUGCUGCUCUGGUUCACCAGAAGCGGCUUAGUCAUGCUGGUCACAUGAUCCGGAAGCUGUACACUGGCUCCCUCGGCCAAUAAAGCGAGAUGAGCGCCGCAACCCCAGAGUCGGCCACGACUGGACCUAAUGGUCAGGGGUCCCUUUACCUUUACCAGCUCAUCCGGCUGCUGAAGCUCUCUUCUGCUUGCUGAAUAUAACAAAGCUAUUCAAAUAGCAUGUCUUGGAUGGGGAGGAGUACGGGCUCUCCCACUGAGUUCUUUAGAGGCUUCCCCUCCAGUUGUACUGGUGAGCCCCAGCAGAAAGAUAACAUGUCCCUCUCUUUUAAUAUGCUGGAGGCUGAAAUGUCCUCUCCUUAUGAAGUCUCCACACUUCUAACCUAUCACCUCCAUGGCAUGGAUUGAUACUGUUCCUCAAAGGUGUUUGCUAAUGGAUUGUAGGAGUAGUUUUUCUCUUCCGACAUAUUUAUAUUUUCAUUUAACUGAGUCUGAACUAGUUCUGUGCUGAGAACUGUCCUCCAGUUUCUCAAGUUUUCUUCAUCUGUGAAGGUUUCCACUCUCUCUCUCACACACACACCCAUUCUCAGGACUCUUGGUAAUUUUGUGUGAGUGUGAAGAUUUGAACAUUGAGGAUUUAUUGUCAUGAGAUGGCAAGGAUGUUGGCAUGUGUGCUUUUCUUUCUGGGAAGCAUUUCCCCAGCACUCCGCAACCUGCUUGCCUACCUGUGCUUCCUCAUUGUCCAUGCUAUGAGUUACUUCAUGAUGGGAGCUAUUCAACAUAGAGCUGUAGCAACCAUUCCAUUAGUGCAAGCUUUUUUUGCACUAAUUUUUCUUCCCUUUGAAAAUGCUUGAAUGCAAUUGCUUUUCUCAUUAAAUGAUGGAGAAUGGAAAAACAACAACAACACAGGAAAUAUUUUCAGAACAGCAUUAGCUUGAAUCAUGUUUUUGUGACUCCAUGAAGAUCUUUAACACAAAACAAUCCAGCAACAUCCUUAUCAUAUAUAUGAAUAAUAAUUCUGCCUUUUGUUUAUAAAUGUAGGAUUUCCUGCUCGAUCUGCACCUUCCUUCAGUUCCACAUCUUCAGGCAGCAUUCACGGCUCUCCCACCAGGCUGUGGAGUCCUGGCUAUGCUUCACAGUAG